AUGGACUGUGGAGUGCAAUCCUGAAACGGAUAUCCUGUUAGCAGUUUGUAACGCGCACGUUGGAAAAGUCAGGGAUGAAGAACGACGGUAAAGUGCUCUUUAUGGAUGUAACACUGCUUGUGUUUUUGGCCACUGUAUUUGGACAGUUUGCAGUUGGACAAGGUUAGUUUGUUACAUUAACCCUUUCAGUACUUGAUGGAGUUUUGUAAGGUGACUCUUUUUGAGUCUUCGAACGAAAUCCUAUGAUGUGACCAUUCAAAUGAAAGCUCUUUGCCUGUACUUACACAUGGAGCUGUUUGUUUUUCAAAAUUUCACAAAAUGAAAUUUGGUCGAAAUUUGCUUUAGGCUAAAUUUGGCAGGACAGGGUUAACCGACCGGUGAAAAUUUUAUUAAAUCGUACGGUGUUCCAUGUUAGUCGUAAAUACACGUCUAGUGUCCCAUUGUUCAUAAGAGAGCACAUUGUUAAAUCUCAUAAUUUACACUAAGAUUGGAUAAUAUCAGUUGACUGGAAACGAUUUUCUGGACUAGUUUUUUUAUCAUGAAUGUUACUGUUUCUGGUUUGAUUUUGUUAAUAUAUUUUUAGUUUUUCUCUCCCACUCAAUUUGGCACCCUUAAAGUAACGUUUUCCAAAAACAACAAAUCGAAACCUGUAUUUAUUUUGACAACCUCUUAGUUUAUGUUUUUAUAACACAGCAAAAUUAGUGAUACUUCAAGAACACAUAAGCGACAGUAUAUCCAACACUUUUAUCGUCCAUCUCGCCCGAUGGUAAAAAUGUAAUAAUUACGUAAUAGCGGGACCUCAUCAAGAACACGCCAUAUAACGAAAAAAUUACAUAAAUUAUACAAAUAAAGACUGGAAAAAGACAUUAUGAUCGGUGAUGUCGGGUGGUCAGUAUUUGAUCAUAAGUAUCACGCAAGCUUUAUAUUCUGGCAAUCAUGAGAAGCACAAAAAUGUGUAUAAAGUACAUCUACCCUGACUGUUACGUUUCUUUGAUGUGUCCGAUGAAUGUACCUAAAAGCGAUACAACGUGAUUUGGCUGUAUUUCAAUGCAAUCUGUGGAAAGACGUUGACAACAGUCAUUUCACUUCACUGUAUACACAGACUUCAACCACAGCGAUUUAUUGUUUCCGGGGACAUGUAUUGCCCAAAGGCAUAAUCAUAAUCCGAGCAUUUCAGCUAGAAAAGUGGCUGAAAGGUCGAACCAAACUACGUAAAAAAUGUUGAAAAAAUAAUAUUGGUAAUUAAACAAACUUUUAAAUUGGACAUUUUUUCUAAGAUCAUGACCAAACUUGGGUUGAAGGUCGCUAAGGAUAUUUCAAAAUUUCUAAUACCUGUCGUUACUUUUAAAAAAAUACUAUUCAAAAAAUUGGUAACGCGCAAAGACCUAUACAGAUAUAAUAAGCUGGGUCUUCAAAAACUACAUGAGAAGAGUAGAAACUGAAGGAAAAACGAAAGAAAAACAACACAAGAUAUAACCCUAACCGAGUUUCUUUUGUAAAAAUUAUGGCGCAAAGCAAGUCACUAGGUGCUUGUUUAACCUUGACCAACUGAAACGUUUUAGUCCUUUUUUUUUUCCUUUUUUCUGUAACGCGUUUCAAAACACGGAUGUGUCAGCUUAGCAAUUUUUUGUUAGUUUACAAAAUUCCAUUCGAAGAUAAAUUUACAGAGGGAAAUUUUGUACAUGGCGAGCGCUUCCGUAGGUUUGAUCUCUUUGUUAAUUUAAUAUUUCACCUCCCAACUCUAGAUACACUAGCCUUGAACCAUCCUAAUUAGAGGUUAAAUUCCAUUAAGGCAAAGCUAUAGGUUUACUUCGAUUUAGUUUAUGUCUUUUCACUGACUGUUAUUCAGAAAAUAUACUACGAGUAUAAAAUCCUAUAAAAAGGCAUCUAACACCAGCACCUCAUAAGGACAAGGUAAAUUGGCCACCGUAAAGAGGACACAAGGAAAAGUUUGUCAGAGCGUUUUGACUCUCAUGAUGGCCUUAUUGGCGGGGUACGGAUCUGAUAAAAGAAUUAUACAGAUAAUUUUUUUGCCCAAUGUAGAAAAGAAGUGUUUUCUAAAAAUCUCUAUUACCUAAUAGAGAUAUCCCUUACUCUCUAAGAGUGAAUGGUCAAGUUUCCUUGUUCUUCCAGACCUUAAGACUCUCGAUUGUAGUGUUCAUUGGGGUCUCGCACCAGACCUUCAAAAAAGCAUCUCACGCAUGAAAAAGGCGCAAAAGGGAAAUACACAUCAAAUGCUGAAAAAGUAAUGUGGGAAACUUAAAUACAUUUUUAAGGAGGUUACAAUGUUUAUUAUUAUUAUUAUUUUUGUUAUUAUUAUUAUUAUUAUUAUUAUUAUUAUUAUUAUUAUUAUUAUUAUUAUCAUUGUUAUUAUUAUUAUCAUCAUUGAAGUACUUGACCCAACUAGGUCAAUUUGGGUUGAGAGUUGAGUUUGGUCGACAUCUAUGGAUUAAAUUACAUGAGGCUUAAAACAAAACUACUUAAAGCGGCGGCUGAGAGGUUCAUGGAAAUAAAAUAAAACAACAACAACGUACAAGAAAUGGACUUUAAUUAAUUCUUAAACUUAUGGUGCAAAACAAGUUCUGAAGUUUAAACAAGCAGUAGGAGCCUAAUGAGUGAGGAAAUGUUGCGCAAAGAAUUUGCCUUCAAGGCUCAUUUGAAAAGAACCAUUUGAACUUAAGAUCUGUUACGCGCAGAAUCUUGUUUGGAAAAUCAGGAAAAUGUUAGUAUAAUUCAAAAGAGCCAGUCUUCAUCUGGUAAUCUCACAGCGCAAAAGUCACUAAAGUGUCUUGAACUGGAUACACUGCACACAGAUGUAAUAUAUUCUCUAUAAUAUAAUUAGAACAUAUUGUCAGGGAGCAAUUGUUAAUGUAGCCGUUAACAGCUCUUAGAGACUGGAAUUAUGAGGCGGUGCAGGUGAGACUUCACUGUUGCAAAGGCAACUGAUCUUUGUGCACAAUAAAUUAAUAUAUAGAUUUACCCAAGGCCAAAAGCGAAGCUCUCGAGGGAUGUUUUAAGAAACGUCUUUCUCAAGUAAUUCAACUUUUGCCGUAAGCAGAAAGCAAACUAAAUCCCACCUUUAAAAAAUGGGCGUGUGCCUGCGAUCAAUUGAAAACUAAAAACUGAAAACCAUGAGUUGUAUAACUGAGCCCGCGAUACAGUCAUGUGACACUGGCCAGCGGAUACUCUUUUUUGACAGCUGUCAAUUGACCAUAACAUGGAUGUCCAAUACCAAGUCAAACACAGACUGUAUAUGCCUUGGAUACAAAGUAUUAUAGUAUUCCUAGCUUGUAUUAAAGUGUGCCAUUCCACAUCCGCUAACAUGAAGCGGUGGACGUACGUACGGACGUACGCAUACGGACGAUUUUAUCAGAACCAAAAUUUCUUGGAUGCAUCAGAUAACCUGAUUUUCUUACCCAUGGUGCUCCGCUGCGCGAGUUGUGCGAGAGAGAGCUCCUCUAUAAACUAUUUGAGCACCAAUAUAGCCACAUCUUAAGUAGAUAACUAAUAUACAAGAACCGUUUAGGCUAAGUUGGAAAUAUGUCAAGGUUGUUAUACUGGGCACCAAAGCUAAAAUAUCAACCAUCACCUGACCCCGAAUAUGCACGCACUAGACAGACCAAAACCUUUUUGGCUGAUGUAUUUGAGCUCCAGGGAAUGAAUUGUUACAGGAAUGUUGAAGUAAAGCAGCUAAAGAUCACGUUUGUUUUGAAAUCAACCUUAACCUGUAAAAGUCUUCUUCUCCUUUGUCUGUGCACUGUCUUGUUCCUUGCUGUUAACGUUGUGAACACUACUGUUCUCUUUAACCAUUGUGUUGUGAUGUAGGUAUUGUUCAGUGCCUUUUUCAAGUUUUUUAUUAGGUCGUUUGGGGCCAGUUGCAUAAACUUUACGUCGGACGUGGCAGCUAGCCUAACCACUGCCACCCAAGUCUAUUUUUUACUAUUUAACACCAGACGUUAAUAGCUACGUCUGACGUUAUGCCUUAUGCAACCACAGGCAGCUUAAGCUAAGUAUGAGAGUUUUAUUUGGCAUAAUACUUACACACUCGUACGUACUUUUGCCGUAAGUAUAGUGUAUUUGUAUGAGAAUCCUGGUGAUAGAUUCAAGGAGAUAUUUAUUCGCACGUGUUUACUCGCUUACUCGAAAAAAAGUCGCCCACGAACAAAUGCUGGCGAAAGAAGAAUAUUUACUUAUAAACGCCACCCUCGAAUAAACGCCGCAUUGUUGUUGUUAUCUCAGCCAAUAAAAAGAGAGACAUUGGAACUUAAAACGCUGUUUUACAUAAUAUUUACAAAUGAAUUACCGUAAUUGUUUUCAAGGAUUUAAGAAGCCAAUGAAUAAAUACCCGGCUUUCUAGUCUCUCAAAAGGGAGUUAAAGAACGGCAGAGAAAAAUAACGCGAAAGUCAAAAAGUCAGUACGUUUUAACAAACAAAGCAGUAACUCUACAAAUUAUGGCAGAACGACCUUUCUCUUUCGUGGGGCGAAUUUAUAUAUGUUUAAUAGAGCCCCGUUAAACAUUGGAAUCACUGAAAGAAUGCUGACUUUUCCUUGAUUUUUUUGGUAUUAUUUUAGGCUUUUAAAAUUGUAUUGUAUUUUAUUGUACUUUUAUAUUGCAUUUUUAUUGUAUCGUUUUAAAUGUAAUUUUUAUUUCUUAAAGUAAAGCAAUUUUUAAGAUGCCGGGCCCCCAAGGAGACCAGCCCUUAAACUGAAAUAAAGUCUUACUUUACUUAAUUUUCUUUACCGCCCUCGAACUCGGUUAGUAAAAGAAAUAUAUUGACGUUUUUUCCCCACAUUUGUUUGUUUUGUUUCUAGAACAAGAGAAAUGUGCUCCGGUUGUGGACGUCGCAUUCUUAGUAGAUUCUUCAGGUAGCAUCAGAUUCAGAGAUUACAGAAAAAUGAAAACAUUCGUAUCCAAAAUGGUGGAGAAAUUUAACAUAUCACCAGCGGGAUCACGCGUGGCAGUCGUUCAAUACAGUACGAGAGCAACCACUGUUAUUAGGUUUGGAGUUUACACUAACUCACAGGCCUUUGAAACGGCUGUACAAGGCCUAAGGCAUGAGCGGGGCUACACCAGAAUAGACCUUGCCCUCAUAAGGGCCUAUAAUGAUUUGUUCAGGGCUCGUGUCAACACUCGCUUUCUGGUACCCAAAAUUGCCUUUGUGCUCACUGACGGAGAGCAGACAAAACGGUUUUCUUACACACCAUUAGAUGAAGCAUCACAGCUCUUGAAGGAUGUAGGUGUGCUAGUCAUUACAAUAGGAAUUGGAAAAUCAGUGAAGAGGGAAGAGCUAGAACAGAUCGCUAGCAGCAAGAAGGAAGUCAUAAUUGCAAAGUCAUUUGAUGAUUUGUUACCGGCUGUGGAGUCUCUGACCCAGACUGCGUGCGAAGAUAUUGAAGGUAAAUCACAGCCACAGCAAGCAGUUUGCGUUCUUUAUAAACUGAUCACAGUUAAUACUGAAAUGUUACGCAAACAUUCGCGCGAGGCCUGCUAAUUAUCACAUUUUUCGCUAUCACUCACCGAGCUUAAAAUUUUUCACCUUUAUUUCAUACAGCACGCAUUCGACAUUACAGAUCCCAGCAGAACGCUGCAAGCGCGUUAAAUACAUGUAUCAACCUAGGAUAUUGUAUCCAUGUUCUCCAUUAGCCUAUCCGAAAAUCUCAGUGGAUUAAAGCGACCGCCCUGUCUCGGGAGUUUAUAUAUAGGUUCGAAUCUCCUCGGGAACUUAGAAUUUUUCACGUUCCUUUAUCGACUUUGAAAUGAAAGAUUCAAAAUCUUUCUAUAUUUCAUACAAACGUUCUAAAAGCCACACAUCUUUUUGUCAAUGCGGAACAAUUAGCAACAGCCUCAACAUAAACGAACUGUGUGUUGAACAUGAUGAUAUAGUCAGUAGUCAGGAAGGGGAUGUUUCUAAUGAGUAAACUUCUGGGUCGUUACACACUAAAUACAGCCUCUGGUUUACUUCACUUUUUUCUUUAUCUUCUUCCCAGUUUACAUGUAGUUCUUUCUUCUGAAUAACAGGGACACGCUUCUGGUCCGUGUUACUUAAAAAUAAUUUUGUAUCCUCAGAAAUCCCCACUUGUGACUCUCCUGUGGAUAUCACAUUUAUUGUGGAUUCGUCGGGAAGCAUUUCAAGAACGAACUACAAAAGGGAGAAAGCCUUCAUAAAUGCCAUCGCCCAAAGUUUUGGAAUAUCCAGAACUCAAUCCCGCGCUGCUGUAGUGCUGUUCAGCAAUUCUGCCUCCGUAAAAAUAAGGUUCACGGAUUAUGCAAGUACAGGGGCUUUCCAGGUAAAUAACUAUAUUUUUUUCCAUUGUGGUUUAAGAAGAUUGUUUCACGUACUUAGUCUAAUUCCUAACACAAUAGCCCACGUUCAAUAUGUGACCCUCCACAGGAAUUUGAUGCUAAAGGUGAAAGCACGCGCACGACACGCUUGCACGACACGCUUAGCGUGCCGUAGAUCACGGAUAUGCGCAUAUUAAAUUGAAAAAACAAAGACGGACACACUUGCCUUAGUUUUGGCAAAUUUAACACGCUAGACCUUUUGUUUUUUUGUAGCGUGCCAUAUGUCACGGUAAGUGUGCGAAUUGUAGCAUGGUUAGCGUGCAAUUUGGGUAAGACACGCUGAACACGCUUGAUUACUAAAACCGCUAAGAUGAUAAAAAUGGCUUGGGUUUUCAGCGGAUUUAAUCAGCAUUGAUAACUGGUCGAAGUGAAUCAAAUCUACCAAUUGAGACUGUUUUGGAAUUUGAUAGUAACCGUGUCCAUUUGAAAAUCACGACUUAAUGGUGGUCUAGCCUGGAAUUAACGCGAGAUCAGUGUAAACCAGUUCCUCCGGCUGUCGGCUGUUGACCGGAAUCGCAAAGAGGCCUGCUAUCGCAUGCGAGGCACUGAAGUUAUGUCGCCUGAAAAUUAUACUUAUGCCACCGGAAUAUUUAUUAGCAGUAAUGCACAGAGAAAUGAAGUUGAAUAAAUUAGUUUAAUAUAUUUCUUUAAGCCAUGCUGAGACGAACGAAGGUAAUUAAAUCGGAGAACCAAAAACUGCCUAGAAUUUUCUAUAGGUUGAGGAAGGCUAAACAUUUCUAGAUGACCGUUCCAUGCAUGUACAAUUUUUGUGUUAUUGUCGGCUGGAUCAAUUAAGCAACGUUGGAAACGUUUUGGAAUUUUGGUACAUCUAGAAAAGCAGGCUGGUUUUUAUUUGAUCACUACGAUCCUUGCAAUCGCUAAAAAAUAAAUAGAAUCUAGUGAUCCUGGCACUUGAUGAUUUCUAUUAUAUUUGAUCGCGAUUGCUGCGAUCGGCAAGAAAGUGUCUUAAGUCCGAAAGAUCACUGUUUCUGAAAAAAUUGCAAAUGUGUUUUAAAUUAAGGAAAGUUAAGAUAACCUUUGCACAGCUUCGUCACUAAACAUUUCCGGAAAGAACUUUGAUUUUGCAAUGCUAAUAUAGUUCUACCCAUAAAUCCAGUAGGUCACACCGUUCACUGUUUAGUGCUUUCACCUUUAGCAUUAAAAUUCUUACAUGACUAUAUUAAAAUUCUGUCAUUUUUGUCUAUUUUCUAUAUUUAGUUAACAUGUUUGGUUUGGUUUUCUUUCAAUGUUCUCAAGUUCUUUUGGGAAUUGCAAGACAAUGGGGUCGUGCAAUUUUGUCCCACAAGCCUAGGAGUCAUGUUAGAAUUUUAAUAUAUCGAACGUGCGCUACACCGGGUGUCCCAAAAGUGCGUUCCUGUACUUUAUAAGUCUGUAUUUCAAUACGAGUGGACUUGGUAAGCAACUCAUUUAAAGAAAAGUUGUGUCUUUCAAUCUAAUUCACUAUUUUCAUACUUGUUGUGCCAUCGUUUAACUCGAAUAUUCGAUUUGUGUUUUUCCGCGCCAAAGUUGAACGUGCGAGAGUAUAUUUUCCAGCCACAUUUUUUUUUGUAUUUUGUAGCCGUAAUUGCUCGAAUUGCUUCCUUGUUUUUGUGAAUAUCACUAAAAUUAAACCCCCUUAACGCAAAGACGUUUAGCCACGUGAGAGCAUAAGCAUGUGUACUUCGAUUUACUGGCUUAUCUGUUGUAGAAACUGCUAAAAAACGGAAAAAUCCGAAUGUUGGGUGAUAAAAUGAUCAUGGAGAAAUGAAGCUAUUGAAGGCAAGAGAAACGAACGGGAAGACCAAAAGUCCUGAAUAAAAAAAUAAACAACAACAACAACAACAACAAAUUUCAUUGAAAAUUGGAAAAUAACUAAUUACAUUACUUUCCCACCCGCAAAUAGCUUACGAUUACAAAGAAGGGCUAACCUAAAGUAUUAAAUAACUUAAUAAGACGGGAGACUUCGACAUAAUCAUCUUCUGACCGCAAGAAAUUUAGUAAUAAUUCCUUUAUUUUUUUACAAAAGGACGAACGUUUAAGUAUUUUAAUCGAAUAAGGAAUAGAGUUCCAAAUUUGGGCACCGAUUCUCGUGAAAAAGGCAUACAUUUUAUCGGUUCUAGAGAACUUAACAUAAAACGAGUCGCUAGAGACAGAUCUUGUUCUGUAGUUAUGAAUCUGACUUGUUUUAACGAACUGAUUGAGUAUACUAACUGGUGCUGUCUGUCUGUUGAUAUCAUACAAUAAAUAGCUGCAAUCUCUGAAAAAUAGGCUAGGCGGGGGAAGGCAAUUUGAUUUGAGAAAGAAGGGUACGGGGUGUUCCUCAGACUUACUGAAAUAAAUGAGACGUAAGGCCCGUUUUUGUAGAGUUACGAUCUUUCUUUGAAGUGUCAAGGCGCAGUUUCCCCAACCACAAAUACCAUAAGUCAAGUAAGGGACAAUUAAUGAGUUGUAAACUGAAAGUAAAACACGACGCGGGACAUAAUGUCGAAUCUUAGCUAUAAUUCCUAUCGACUUGCUGAUUUUGUGACAGAUAGAUUCGAUGUGGUAUUUCCAUGAAAGAUUUGAAUCAAUCAUUAAGCCAAGAUAUUUUACAUAAUCUUUCAUUUCAAGGUUUACGUAGGUGUUAGUCACGGAGUCAAGAAUUCUAAUCCUAGGUAUGAAGGGCAUAUUCUUUUGCCGGGGACGAAAGAUUACAAAAUUUGAUUUUUUUAUGUUCAAAGACAGUUUGUUGGCCUUUAGCCAUUCGUUGACAUUGCCAAGCUCGCGAUUAACAAGUGUUUCAAGUUCCUUUAGGUUGUUAUUUGCAAGUAUUAUACUAGUAUCGUCAGCAAAUAGAUAAAAGGCAAAUAACGAAGAGGACUUGUAAAUAUCAUUGAUGUACAGUAGGAAUAAGAGUGGACCGAGGACUGAGCCUUGUGGCACCCCGCACAAGGUCGUCUCAGCCUCAGACACAACAUUAUUAACUUCCGUAGUUUGCUUCCGAUCAGUCAGGUAUGAUCUGAACCAGGAGUUGAUUACACCUCUAAUACCAUAAUUUUCAAGUUUAGCUAACAAAAUCUCAUGGUUAACAGUAUCAAAUGCCUUCUUGAGAUCGAUGAAAACACCGCACGAAAAUUUACCGUUGUCCAUAUUUUGGAGAAUUGUGUUAACAAUAUCAAGUAUAGCAUGCUGAGUACUGUGCUUACUGCGAAAACCGUAUUGCUGAUCAUAGAGAAUGUUGCAAUCUUUGACAAACUUGGUAUAACUCUGGAGUACAUAAGUUUUUCAAGAAUCCUGUUAUAAAUCGAGAGCAGAGAAAUACGUCAGUAGUUUUCGGGCAGCGUGUCAUCUUCGUCCUUAAAUAUCGGGAUAAUCUUAGCACACUUUAGUUUAGAUGGAAAAAUUCCUGAGCAAAUAGACCGAUUAAAAAUCGUGGCUAGAGGUACUGUUAUGACCCUUUUUGCCAAUUUCAGCAGCCUUACUGGAGAUGAGUAGAGACCAUGGGCCUUGUUGUCUUGCAAAAUUGAAAUUUCUAAAUUGAUAUCUUCCGGAAUAAUAGGAUCAAAGAAGAAAGUGCGAUUAAGUGGCGGAUCUAAAUAAUCAAAGAAUGUAUUUAUGGUCUGAGGAAUUUUAGAAGCCAGUUUGCUCCCAACAGUGGCGAAAUAUUUAUUAAGAAUAUUGCUUAUUUCCCUCGGGUCACUAGUUGGAACCUCAUCCGGGUUUGAGCGAAUAGAGUUAGCUGAGUUGCGCUUGUUUUUCUUUUUACAGUUUCCAAUUAGCUCGUUAAUUCCUUUCCAAGUUUGACGCAUAUUACAUAUGUUGAGAUCAAAGAAACUUUGGUAGUAGUUCGCUUUACUUAAUCUCGUAAGAUACAUGAUUUUAUUUCUGUAAAAUUUGUAUUUGUCCGGGUCUGAGGUAUAGAAGAGGUUAUUCUUUACCCUGAUUGAUUUUCUUAAACCCGCGGUCAGCCAUGGUUUAGCAAGGAAUUUUUGUUUACGAUUGGAUAUACUUCUUAAAGGGGCGUGUUUGUUAAUUGUCUCGUGAACGCAUUUGUAAAACCUGGAGAACGAUUGAUUGGCAUCGGCAUGUUUGCAAAUAUUAUUCCAAUUAAUAUUCUGCAAGUCAUCAAUGAAAGAUUUUGCAUUGAAAGUAGAAUAGUCACGAACCUUAGUUUUGUUGUUUAGAAAGAAUGGUUUACAGUGCGACGUUAAUAUGCACAUCUGAGAGACGUGAUCUGUUGUAUCGGACACGACAUUGCCGCUGACUAUAUCAUUCUCAGGAUUAUUUAUGAAAAUAUUGUCAAUUAAAGUUGCUGAAUUACCAUAGACUCUGGUCGGCUUAUCAACCACUGGGAACAUUGAAAAACUUUGCAUUGUUUGCAGCAAGGUUUGUGUGUAACUACAAGUUGAAUUGUUGAAGUCUCCCAUGAGAUAAAUAUUUUGAUUUUGACGGCAUUGGCGUUCAAGAAAAUCUGUCAAGUAUUCUAGAAACUCAUUAGCGUUAUUGUGUUGCCUAUAAGUAACAGCACAUACAGAUUUCUUAUUGUUAGGCAGAUGAAGUUCAAUCCAUAGAGCUUGAUAGCAAGAAUUGGAGACUCGUUCAAGGACGCGGUAUUUACAAUUUUGAUCAAUGAACAGGCCAAGACCACCGGCAGAUAAAGGUGUCGGGACCGAUUCAAAACAGUAUCCUGGUAAUUCUGGUACAAAAUUAAAAUUACAUUCACGAUCGCAUAUACGAGUUUCUGUUACACCAAUAAUAGUAAAAACGGAAAUUCAUUUCACUUAAGACAUGAUCUUGAAAUUCUUCAAAAUUUUUCUUUAAGCUACGUAUAUUUGUAUGUAAACGGGAGAUUUUUGAUUGCAAUUGUUUGCUGUCAAUAAACUGCGCAAAGCUGUGUGGGGAAUAAUAUUUUGAGCGUAUUUUGUUUGAGGUGAGAUUUAUAUCAGGAUCAAUAUGUUAAACAACACAGUUUAGCUGGAAUACACUAAGGUCGUAGAGACUACUGAGAGAAUCUAGCAACUUUCUAGAAGGUCGAUUAUCAUCAAUUAAAGUAUUAAACUGUGGGUGGGCAGAAGUCAGGACUUUACAGUUAUAAUAAGGUAAUUGCGCGAGUAAGGUCUUAUUUUCGAUCGUGCACUGUUUCUUUGUUUUGUGAGAAGCCAAUUUACGUUUAAGUUCGUCGACGUCCGCCAAGCUCUUGAGCUUGAUUAUCCGCGAUGUGGAGUCUUUUCGUAGACAAAUAAUAAAUAAUAAAUAAUAGUUUUAAUAAAUAUAAUAAAUAAUAGUUUUAAAGAAGGAUAGAUACAAAAUAGGAGACUCGACGACUCACAUAGUUACCAAGCCAAGUCCAGAAAGGGUCAUGAAAAGCUGUUUAAAGUGUUUAAAAUUAGAGGUCCCUGAGGUCGCAAAAAUCCUCUGCUUAGUCUGCCAAGUAACGCGCAGCUCGUCUCAAAUUUGUAAAGAAGUACAGAAGCCUUCCUGUGGAGGGGGCCGGGAUUAUUGUCUUUUUUGGAUGAAUGCCCAAAAGAUAUUUUUUCUUCAGCUGCCUAAACUAAACAAAUAUUGUUUGGGGGUUGAACUGGCUACUGCCCACCAAGAGAUAAAAAAGCUCAAAAUGGAUCAUCUGUGGGUCUACACGCUGUAUCCCACUCCAUGCCGCGACGGCUACAGAAUGUGAUAAAAAAAAAACCAAAAGGGCAUGCCAGUUACUGAAAUUCUUCUGUAUAAAAGUACCCGAUAGAGAGAUAAACAUCUCCAAAUGUCAUGUAAAAAUAUAGUUUUGAUCAAAAGUUAUAGUGCAUGAAAUUAGAGAAACGAACUUUUGGGACACCCGGUAUAUUGUGAAAAACUUAAAAAUUACUUAUGUGGCGUACACAACAACCGAAGCUUUAUUUGCAUGACCAUACAAAUACAUAAAGUAUUGCAAAAGCUAUUUUAAGAAGGAUAAUUUGUGGAGAAAAUCCAAGCAAGCUGAAAUAUAUUUCAAGAAUUGCACAUUAAUCAAGUAAUUAGAUGACUUCAUCAGUUCAUUGAAGACCAAAACGUUUAUGGGUAAAUGGGUAAUGUUUGGAAUCAAUCUUGACUGUAUUCAAAAAUUACAAAAUGAUAGAUAAAAUAGUUUGACUUGGACGUCUUUAUACGACUUAUAGUUCAGUGAAAUACAUUUCAGGUUGAAAAAGAUUCGAGAGCCAGUCUUGGAUUCUGGAUUCUACGCUGUGGAUUCCAGAUUCCAGGUACUUGAUCCGGACUCUUUGCAAUUGGAACUUGGAUUCCGAAUUCCAAUCAUUAAUGAGAUUCGAAUUCCUUGCGUUAUUUUCCGGAUUUCAAAGCCCAGGAUUCCGGAUUCUACAAGAAAAAAAAUUUCCCGGAUCAGUGGAAUCCGGAUUCCCUAACAUGGGGCCUUGUUGUUCCAUUUGUAAUUGUAGAGGGCUGUUGAUCUUCUUCCACACGAGAGAGGCAAAACACGUAUCGACAGAGCACUUGAAGUUGCCAGUAGAUAUGUCUUGCCGUCUGCCCGUAAAGAUGUACACCAAAUUGUUAUGGUUAUCACUGACGGAGAGCAAACGCAAGAAGACGACACCAAGGACCUUAAGGAAGUUUCUAAACCUUUAAGAAAGGCAGGGGUCCAGUUAUUGGUUUUGGGAGUGGGUAAGGGCGUCAAUCCAGAUGAGCUGCGUUUGAUGGUGGAGAGAGAUGAGGAUGUUUUACUGGCGAGAAGCUUUCAGGAUUUGGUGGCAAACAUUAAUAAUUUGGUCAAAUCUACAUGUUCUCUCACAGGUAAAAGUCUUUUCUAGAUACUCUAGAAACUUAAUAACACGACUCUUGUGCAUUUAUCACUAACAAACUUCAUAAACGUUUCAUGUACGUUUUGCAGAACCAGUGCCUUGCGAUAUACCUGCAGAUUUGGCGUUCAUCUUCAGUUCUGGAGGAAUAGGACAGAACAGUUUCCUAAGAAUAAAAGCUACCGUAAAAACCAUUGCAAAAGGCUUCCAGAUCUCCACAAGAGGUAGCCGUGCCUCCGUUGUGACCUACGGGGCGUUUUCUGCUGUGGUAGACGUAUCUUUAGGUAUUGAUUCCAUUUCAUCCACCGAUAUGUUUCUAAGAGCUGUUGAUUCCUUGCGAUAUGGCAGAGAUCGAGGUGAUUUAAGAGAAGCACUGAGACUUGCAGAAAAACAGGUAAGGAAAAAGUCCAUUAAACAUGAGUAUUGUUCAAUAAACUAGCAGGAAUUAUUUAAUAUACAGUAUCAACCAAGGCCAAUCUAAGCAAGAAGCAAACUGAAUUCCUCCAACAAAAAUAGACCUGAGCCUGCGAUCAAUUGAAACCAAUAAUUGGUCGGCGGAUGACUUAAAAAGAACACAUCACUUAAGUAAGUGGUAAAAUUGAGUCCGCGAUACAGUCAUGUGACACUGGUCAUCGGAUACCCUUAUUUGAUUGCUGUAAAUUGACCAUAACAUGGAUGUCCACUAUCAAGUCAAACACAGACUGUAUAUGCCUUGGACACCAUGCUAGUAAGGGUGACAUGUUAAAUCCGCUAACGUGAUAGAGCGGACGUAGAGACGAACGAUUUACCAAAAUUUCUUGGAUGCGUAAAUAUCCAAGCUAUAAAGGUUUUGAAACCGGAGCGCAGCUGAAUAACCGUCCUGUUUUAAAAUUUUCUUUUUAACUUUAGGCAAUGAAUUGAUCAUGAAAUACAAUAAAUAUUAUGUUUAUGCCCUGUUCACAAUGACAUUUUGCUUAACCGUCUCGGAUAAUUUACACUCAAACAAUCAGAAAAAAUAUAUUAUAUUCCAACUCUGAGAAAAAAACUUAGUUGAAAACCCCCAAACCAGCCUACUUCUAUCAUGCCGGCAUUGGCGGGAGGCUGAACUUCUAGAUCUUACUGACUUAUUUAAUUGUUUCAAAUAUAUUCCAGGUAUUUUCAAAGGCGAGAGGUGGAAUUGCACACGUAGCCGUUGUCUUUUUUGAUGAGCAGGAAUGGAAAAAUUCAAGGUGGACAACCUCUCUUUUGUCGCUGAGGAAGGCGGGUGUUCGCGUUCUUCUUGUGGGCGUUGGUCCUAGUUUUAACUACACAUCUUUACGGUCCUUAGUGGAAAAUGACAGAGGUGUAAUAAUAAUAGACUCCUAUUUUGAACUGCUGAGAAAUUCGGUCGAAUUAGCCAACACUACAUGCGUCGCUACAGGUUAGUUCUGGCCUCUCAUUCUUCCUCAUUUUCAGAAGAAGCAGAAAGAGAAACUAUUUACUCACAAGCAAUUUACAUGUAUGGUAGGACGAAUUCCAAGCCUUAACUUAUCUAUUUAUAUUUUCCUUCAAACUAGACGUAUCACGAAAGAUAAAUAACAAUAAAAAUACAUUCUAGACAGUGCCGGAUCCAGACCUUGAGAUAAAGGGGGGGAGGGGCGGUCAUCCAGACCCUUAGAUAAGUGGGGAGCUCGGUCUGGCUCUUCAGGCCUCAGUUUAGUCCAAAAAUAAGGGGGGCGGGUCCCCCGGGCCCCUCCCCUCGAUCCGCCACUGAUAGUAAUCAUAUCUCCAAUCAAUAUAAAUCUGCCUUAAGUUCUUGCAAUUUUUCCCUCCUUAUCUGUCCCACUGUAAUUUCGUAUGAGCGCGUGAUUCAUUUAGCAGAGUUAUUAUAAUCAAAGGCAAAAAAAUUCGACCUCACUGUACUGCAACUAAUAGCCUUUAAAAUAUUUGGCAAAAGACAAUUUACAUGGUGAUCUAAACGUACGGGUUCAGUAAUUGUGUCAUCCUCAAUAGUAUAUACAAUCUUUCCCUUGAAAAAGAGCAAAAACGAUAUAAUAACAAAAAGUAGAAAAACAGAUGUUAGUUAUUUCACCUCUUUUGCCCAAGAGGUGUAGUUUGAAUGCUGCCAACGAAGGAUUUGGCGCCUUAGACACCUAGCCACACAGGCGUAUUUCCGGUCGUCCGGCGUAUUUCCGGUCGUCGUUUCUCUGCAUCGGAAAUACGUCCUUGAACGCAGGCUAUUAGACGCCAGGGUCACAUUUAGGAGGAAAAGAUAAUCCCUUAAGUCGAGUUUAGUACAUUUUCUUGUUUAAUUCGUAAUAAAGGGUUCUUGAUUCGCUAUAUACCGCCCACUAAUACCAUGAAAACCUGAUUUCUUGCAGUUCCUCCUCCAUGUAAGUAUUCAGCGGACGUUGCAUUUUUCAUCCAGGUCUCUGGAAAUAUGGGAAGUAGUGACUUUGCCAAGCAAAAGACAUUCGUUAAACUCAUGAAGAAGAGCUUUGCAACGAACUGGCGUUUCGCAGUUGUCACCUACGGAGAAAGGGCGUCGGUUGAAACCAACUUAACUCAAAAUGUAAAUAUCAGUGAGUUUGAAAAAGCUGUAGACAGAAUAGAAAAGGACGGGGAUAGUAAGACAGGGGUACAAUUGGGCAUGGCCAUGGACUUAGCUACCACUGAAAUAUUUUCAAAAACACGACCAGGGAUAACAAAACUAGCUGUAGUUCUUACCGAUGGAACUCCAAUGGCUGGUUUAGACAGUAGUGAGGUCAAGCGAACCCUCCAAGAUUCAAGGAAAGCGGACGUCCGUGUGGUCACUUUAGGAACUGGUAAAAGUGUCGAUCCUAAGGAAUGGCGUAGUGCGCUCCAACGAAACCAAGACUUGAUUCAGUUACAAGAUUCGCACGACCUGAUGUUUAAAAUUCGUGACAACGCAGCAGCCAUAUGCGCCGCAGCCGGUGAGUAUCGUUGCUUCUGUUGAAGUAUGUAAUUGCUGCAGCGUUGCGCUACAAGUAUAGUCGCUGCCAUUGAAGGCGUAGCUAGAAAUUUUUUAGAGGUACGCCGGUUUUCAGACCAUCCCUUAUCCAUUUCCAAAGUUAUUUUCACACGCUGGUGACUUGUCUUGUUUUUAAUCGGUACGGUGAGAUAAUCCUCAGUCUUGAAAUUGGUCCUAGUGGGCUAGUAGCACCAGAGAAACACGUGUACACCACAUUUUAAAGACGAGUCAGUUUAUGACAAAGGUUUAGAGCAUCGCUUUUAAAUAUCCCUUGUUUAUCUUCUGUUCUUUUGCCUUGCUUUACUUUUCUAUUUUGUUUUUUGUUUUUGUUUUUUCUCUUAUACUGGUUAACUACGUAUCCUUUGUAUAGCACUUUUUAACCUUCUGAACACCGGGGGCCGGGUCAGGAGCCCAUACCUAUGGUACCUGGGGUCAAUUAAAUAAAACUUUUACAAGUGUAAUUGUAGCUAUUGUUUCCUGACCCUAAAACAAUGGCUACACUUGUAAAUUACACUUGUAAAAGUUUUAUUAAAGUGACCCCUGGCCAGGCUUUAUAUCAAAAACUGAAUACAUAUAAGUUGCCACAUAUUUACACGCAGAACUGCUAGAGAAACCCACAUGUGUGCAUGCCGUGGACAUCACUUUUUUGAUGGAUUCAUCGGAUAACAUCGACGCAGAAAACUUUGAAAAACAAAAGUCGCUGGUGAUAUCUAUCGCAAGGAGCUUUGGAAUCUCACCAAACACUAGCCGAGCGGCUGUGGUACUUUACAGCGACAAGGCUUCAGUUCGUUUCCGAUUUGGAGAUUCAAUGAGCACUAAGUUGUUUGAAAAUACUGUUCGAGAUUUACCACAUAUAAGGGGAGAAAGCAGAAUGGACAAGGCCUUUGAGGUCGCUGCCAAUGACAUUUUUCCCAGUGGCCGAGUUGGAAUACCUAAAAUAGCUUUUGUGGUUGCAAAUGGUCAGCAAGCGUCUGACGCGAACUUGUUGGAUGUAGCUUCGAAAACGCUGACAAAGGCAGGAGUAAAUGUUGUAGCUCUUGGCGUUGGGACCGAAAUUGACUCACAAGAAUUGCGUUCAGUGGUGAAAGAGAAAGACCAUGUUCUACAGGCUGAUUCCUACGAUCAACUUCUUCUAGAAAAGAGAAAUAUUAGCCAGAAGAUAUGCAAAAUGGCAGGUAAAUCGUUAAAGUGUUUUCCCUGAAGUUUUUAUACUAUUCAUCUGACACCUUAAUUGAUGUAUAUAUGUUUUUUUAUUCACAAAACUGAGUUAAACUCACCUCUGAAACAAAACGGAAUUCAGGGCCAGUACUUCGGCCAGCCUUCCUUGGGGCCCUGCAGAGCUAAACUGAAAGAGACGUACCAGCAAUGCUAGGGGCUUAUACGGCUACUUUUUCGAGCACAAUCUAUCAGACCCUAACGGGAUCUCGUGUGGUUCAAGACCUCAAUUUUAAAAGGUACCAAUUCGAAAACAAACAAAUACCGACUUUUUUGGGUAACAAAAUCAUAGUUUCCGUCAUUUCUUGGCUCGAACGGCGUGUAAUAAACAAAACAGGUAUUUACAUUGACUGCGCAAAGAGAAAGAACCUGGCAAGAUUGAAACAACUUUGUCCUCGUACAUGCGAAGAAAUGGAGGUGUUUGUUGAAAUCGAAGCCCGUUUUUUGUACAACUUCCGUUUCCGUUUGCAAGUGUCACUCAAGACGAGGCGUCACGCAACAAAGUAGUUACAUGUAAGUUGUUGGACUUCGUGUUACAAACCGUGUGGUAUUUGGUGCUGUAGAUCGACGAAAUGAUCAAUCUAUUUAAAAUACAGCUAUCUCUUGUGCCAUUUUUGGCGUUCUUCGGCCUCGGAAGCUCAAUGUGGAAUUUGCUACUUCCCGACAUCGUUGAAAGCACGCGAUUAAUCGUUCGUCUUCAGAUACAUCCCAAGCUUCAAGCUGGGAGCGAAAUCAUCUCAAGAGUUUCAUCCUCCUCCAGGUUAGCAUUCAAUACAACUGUGUUAAACGAAAUGGAAACGUUUUCCGGUGAGACAGUCGGUAAUUUGAAGAAAGCAAUUUAUACUACAUUAUGUAAGAUUCCAAUUAUAUAUACCAUACUUUCAACAAGAUUUUUGUAGCACGCAUAAGAAGCGAAGUUAGUAAACAGUCCUUGGCCUCGGAAGCUCAAUGUGGAAUUUCUACUUCCCGACAUCGUUGAAAGCACGCCGAUUACUCGUUCGUCUUCAGAUAAUCCCAAGCUUCAAGCUGGGAGCGAAAUCAUCUCAAAAGUUUCAUCCUCCUCCAGGUUAGCAUUCAAUAUAACUGUGUUAAACGAAAUGGAAAAGUUUUCCAGUGAGACAGUCGGUAAUUUGAACAAAGCAAUAUAUACUGUAAGACAUUAUGUAGGAUUCCAAUUAUAUAUACCAUACUUUCAACAAGAUUUUUGUAGCACGCAUAAGAAGCGAAGUUAGUAAACAGUCCUUGGGGAAGAAGGGUACCAAAACUUAUGCGGUAUAAAUGUAAGAGCCUCAGUGUUUUGUCAAAGGUACGGUUUUCAAGUAGUUUUAAUAGUUUCUUGUUCAGCGUAAACCGGUCAGUAUAAAACAUGGACUACGGACCACGGACUGCGCACUGGGUAUAAUCACGGUCUCUACGGACUGAGUAUAAAACACGGACUAGGUAUAAAACGCGGACUACGGACUAUGUAUAUAACAACAGCCUUUGAACGGUAAAACUGAGAGCAACGGAUAGCGGACUAGCAUAAAACAGUAGUCCCAGUUCCUUGCCUCACACCCAAACAUAAUUCGAUCCGUUGGCUGAUCACCCAGUCUAUUCUCCCCAACGUCGGCGAGGAGAAGGAAAGAAUAACUGGAUGAGCAAGGAAGGUUAUGUCGCUGCUGAAGGCAACUGAAAAUGAAACUCUGCAUUUUAUAAAAUGCAGGAGUUAGAAGAAAUUCGCUUUAUUGUUUUAAACCAGUAGAAGAUAUGAAACUGAGGGGCACCGAAUAAAAAAAUGGUAUUGACGUUAGUGAGAGUGACAUUCUUAUAGAUGCCAAAACUCCAUUUCAAAGCCCUGUGGAUAUGAGGCAAUGAAGAACCCAGACGAGAAGGUCAAUAUAGGGGCAGUUGGGUGAAGGAGGAGGGGUUUACUCACCUAUACAUGAAUAAUAACCGAAAUUAAAUAUAUCAUCCAUCGUUAUAUUCUAAGAUGAUUUACACCUAUGUAAACAUGUACAUCGCGUUUGUGACCCCUGUCAUGGAUGUUAGAGACCGAAAUUAUUGUAGGUCUGAAAACAGGUGUAGAAAAUAGCAUUUUGGUCAGGCUCAGAUUUGGAGAACCGAGCCGUACACAUCCACCAAGAAUUUCUAGGAGUAUUUAUAACUGAAACUGACGUGUUGUGCUAUUUAGUGAUCUUUUGACCUUAAUUUACCUCACCUAAGAUCAGUUAGCACAGUUUUUAACAACGUGGUCUGUCGUCCGCAUUUAUACUUAGUCCGUGUUGUAUUCCUAGUCCGCAGUCCAUGUUUUAUACUGACCACACAUGAUGUUACCAAAAGGCCAAUUCCUAGUUCCCCCCCUGGCCUCUGUAUCAUCGAGGUUAAAUGCUCAGUCGUUGAUAUGGAAAUUAUCUUCAUUCUCAUGCAAAUAAAACUCAUUUUCGCAUGAAAGGUUGCGCACUUGGCCUCAUUUUGAAAGUUCGGGUUUCUGGGACUUGGAAGUGGCCUAUUGUCGAUCCUUCUACAUUUUUGCUUUCAUGAGGUGUUAGAGCAGCUUUAAGCUUAUAUUUUUUUAGAUAUUUUUAUUUGGAAAGCGUUCUUCAGUUUGUGAUAACGUAUGCUUCAAUUUCUAACCUUUUAAGUGAAAUGGCAUUUACGUGGCCGUCUGAGAUAGCUAUCAUGUCGGUUAAAUAGAGUGAAACUGAAUAGGCAAAAAUGCAGCAAUAAUCGAAAUAGACAAGGACCUAGUGGGUCUGAAGCCAAAUUUCAGUUUAAACAGCUAUUAUUUCGAGAUAUGGGAACUUUUUUAGUUUACGUUUGAAGAAUGCCAAAGGUAGAGAGUUAAGUGAUAACAGAACUAAUAGUAUUGAAAAACGCCGCUCCUUGUUUAAGAGACCGAGGACUAUUAAAUAUUUGCUCCACAUUAUAGUAACAAAAAUAAAAGUGUAUGCAAAGGUCUUAAAACUAUAAGUGCUUCCCAUUAUACAAGCAGAUUGCUAAGUAAUAAUUAUAAACGCAUUUUGUUUUCAUUAUUAACUUCUCCUAAGGGUUAAACAGUUCAUAAAUAAUUAAACAGUGUCUUACACAGGCAUAUUCAGUUAAAAAAGAUCAUUACCAAAGUAAUGAAGCAAAACUACAUUUUAAAUAAGGUCUCACAAAACAUUUUUCAAUUUACAGUAACAGCUAUUAAAUGAAAAUAACCUUUAGAAACAAAAAUGACUUAAAGAAAAUAAGUUGUGAACGGCUGGAUGAAUGCGAUUGAGCAGUGAGCUAGACAGCCAAGUAAAUGUGACAAGAAAGACAGGAAACCAAAACCCAAACCGUCAAAAGAAGUUAAAUGUGGAAGAAACAAAAGUGUGACGUCACGGAACAUUUUGUGUUUCCAGGCAACACCGAAGAGUGUCUUGCUUUGGUCUUGGUUUUUAUAGCGGCCGUUUUAGGGGUCAAUAAGUGCUUUUUGCACUGAAUUUCGAAUGCAAAAGUACUUUUAAGAGCAAAUGUGACCCCCCACAGCAUUUUGAUGCUAAAUGUGAAAGCACGCUCUCGAAACGCCUAGCGUGUCUUAGAUCACGAAUAUGCAAUAUUAAAUUGCUACAACAAAAAAGGACACACUUGGCUUUGUUUAGGUAAACUUAGUACACCGAAUCUUUUGUUUUCUGUAGCGUGCUACGAGCAUUUCGAGAAACGUUCUGUAGGCGGAACUUUACGAAGGUGAGAUUUUUUAGAUCAUUGUUGUUCGCUUGUUGUUGUUAGUAUUGGCGAGCGCAAUGGACAAAGUAUUCGAUCAAUUCCUCUCUGUAUAAAUUAAAAUUUACAAGUGAGUUCGACAAAAGAUAAUCAGAGGAAUAAAAUGUCCCGCAUAUUUCGAUGAAACACUUUGUGGGAGUCCUCAAUGAAACAUUUUGUCUGGUAGCCUGGUGUAAAUUUAUUGAAUUGAAUCGAAGAAUGCUGAAUUUAGCACUUUCAACUUAAUAACCCGCUGAAGGAAUAGCACUUUACUGAGUGCGUCUAUUGGUUAUUCAAAUGAAUCAAUGUAGCGCGGCAGGUACAAAACGCAGGUCACAGGUCACAAGGGCAGGAUAGACUGCAGGUCACUGUGCUAUGGUAAGUAAACGACACCUCAAGUGUCUCCUACCCCUAAUCACAAUCCAAAAAAGAAUUUUAGCUUAAGGGCAAACUGCUUAUCUCAGUUAUUUAUCAAUACAGCAGUGACUUGUACUUGAGACCUGUGUUUUGUACCUGCCAAAUGUAGCGGAAGAUUUGGAAGAUGAAUUUAAACACUUGCAAAAACACCACUGUGAAGUACGAAAAACUAAACGCACUAAGUCUUUUGCAUGUGGACGGCAAUUGUAGAAACAAUAUUCGCAAAGGACCUUAAAAACCUUUACCAUGGUGUAACCGAACCGAUAAGGUGACAUUCAGUAUUCUUGACCCUCUGCCCCUAAGUAAGUUUCGCUUCGAGGCAAAUGUAACUCUUACUCUCCCCCGAGGAAUAUUGUUCAUUACUUCACACUCGCCGAAGUUUCAAAUUUGCCGCCUUGUUAGUCAUCGGAAUUUUGCAUGUGUAAAGAUGCCAUUGUUUAAGCCAUUUCAAAAAUGACCAAAUAUGGCAGAUUCUUCAAAAGAAAACAAUACCUAUUGUUUUUUUUAAUUUGAUCCUCUUUUCUCGAUACGUACUCACACUUAAUUAUCACAGGCGUGUCCUUUGAAACAAAAGAAUUUUCUAAUGAGGUAAGAUGGCUAGUGUGCUAAAACGUGUUAGAAUUUAACUACUUUGUUUUAAAGUAGAAGCGUUUCGUGAGCAUGCUUUCACCUUUGGCAUCAAAUCCUGUAGAGGGCCACAAAUGGGAGCGAUCUGGAUCACUAGCCUUAAGAUAUGAGCAAAAAUGGAGGUACCAAAAGACAUGUUUUGCUCGUAGACAAGUUUUAACCGUAUGGGCUUAGAAAGGGCAUCUGUUCUUUAAAUGCGAUGAAAUGCUUUUAAGUUGAAUUUUUACCUUCAAGAUGGCAGUCAUUCUCCUGAAAUAUCUCUUUGAGUUCGGGUUUAAUAGGGCUCGAUCAGCUUUUUACAGAGUGCGCUGGCGGAAGUUCUAAGGGAAAGGCUUUAAAAUGUCAUCACCUCCUUCCAUAUUUGUCCUCACGUGGCGUAGUGGUUACGAAACGGCGCAGAGCAUAAAAGCUCCCGAGGUCGAGGUCGGGCAGAAACUAUUUUUCUUUUUCUCUUCUAUUGAUGUCUUUUUUUCCGUUUCGUUCAGCCUUCUUUAGUUAUUGUAGAUUUGUUUCUUUAAAGAGCGUAACUUUCUUAAAUUUGUAUCUGUUCUUCCCUAUUACCUUAUUUCCUUUUCUUCCUACAUCUUGGACCCACGUGCUACCCAAGGUCCUCCAAUUUACGUAUUUCUAGUAUAUGGACCAGAAAAAAGAGCCCGCUAAGUAAAAGUGUAGUCCAUGUAAUAGCUGCCGUUAUUAUCACGCUUUAAGCGCGCCAGUACUUCAAACCUUGCAAAGGCUAUGAGGCGGUGCUGGGAUCAAUGCUGAGUUUUUACAGGCUGCCCAGGCGCACUUGACCUGAGCGUGACUGACUUGCCUUUCCUUCUCACCAGCACCACCGCCAUGUAGCUCUCCCGUGGAUGUGGCUUUCAUCCUGGACUCUUCGGGCAGCAUUGGAAGAACAAACUACCUUAAGCAGAAGGAAUUUGUCAAGCAGGUAGCCAGGAGUUUUGGCGUAGCACCAGGUCAGAGUCAAGCAGCGAUGGUCCUAUACAGUAGCACAGCUUCCGUACAGGCUCGAUUCGGACAGUAUGCAACCGCGGAGGAGUUCGCCAAAGCUGUAGACGCUCUACCUUACGAGAGGGGCCUGACACGAAUCGACAUGGCCUUGGAACUAGCAAGCACGGACAUCUUCCCUGCAGCGAGGCCGGGCGUGCCUAAGAUUGCCAUACUAAUAACCGACGGCAAGCAGACGCAAGCAAAGGACGCCAAAGACUUGAAAGUGGCCUCUGAUCCCUUGCGGAAGGCAGGCGUUCGCGUCCUAGCCGUGGGUAUUGGCUCCGGUGUGGACGCAGAUGAACUGCGAUCGAUAACAGAGACUGACGAGGAUGUGGUGGUGGCCGCAGACUUUACAGACCUCAUGCUGAAACUGGCCAACCUAACCAGCAGAGCUUGCGAACUGGCCGGUAAGUAUCAUUUGUCUUGUCCUUAGCUCUAAUGCCCAGGGCCUUAGUAGCAGUGAGAUGCAUGAGGCAAGCGCCAUAGAUAUGAUGUGGUUGCGCUGUCAGCUAGCCCGCCAAGUGAGUGUACAUGUGCCUUGACAGACUGGUGGCCGGCAACCAAAGUGUGGUCGGUCUGAUAGCUGGCGCUGUUUUCAGGCCUUGAGCGCGGCAGCAAUUGGCACCUUGCGAGGCUAUGAGGCGGGGCUGGGAUCAAUGCUGAGUUUUUACAGGCUGCCAAGGCGCACUUGACCUGAGCGUGACUGACUUGCCUUUCCUUCUCACCAGCACCACCGCCAUGUAGCUCUCCCGUGGAUGUGGCUUUCAUCCUGGACUCUUCGGGCAGCAUUGGAAGAACAAACUACCUUAAGCAGAAGGAAUUUGUCAAGCAGGUAGCCAGGAGUUUUGGCGUAGCACCAGGUCAGAGUCAAGCAGCGAUGGUCCUAUACAGUAGCACAGCUUCCGUACAGGCUCGAUUCGGACAGUAUGCAACCGCGGAGGAGUUCGCCAAAGCUGUAGACGCUCUACCUUACGAGAGGGGCCUGACACGAAUCGACAUGGCCUUGGAUCUAGCAAGCACGGACAUCUUCCCUGCAGCGAGGCCGGGCGUGCCUAAGAUUGCCAUACUAAUAACCGACGGCAAGCAGACGCAAGCAAAGGACGCCAAGGACUUGAAAGUGGCCUCUGAUCCCUUGCGGAAGGCAGGCGUUCGCGUCCCAGCCGUGGGUAUUGGCUCCGGUGUGGACGCAGAUGAACUGCGAUCCAUAACAGAGACUGACGAGGAUGUGGUGGUGGCCGCAGACUUUACAGACCUCAUGCUGAAACUGGCCAACCUAACCAGCAGAGCUUGCGAACUGGCCGGUAAGUAUCAUUUGUCUUGUCCUUAGCUCUAAUGCCCAGGGCCUUAGUAGCAGUGAGAUGCAUGUGGCAAGCGCCAUAGAUAUGAUGUGGUUGCGCUGUCAGCUAGCCCGCCAAGUGAAUGUGCCUUGACAGACUGGUGGCCGGCAACCAAAGUGUGGUCGGUAUGAUAGCUGGCGCUGUUUUCAGGCCUUGAGCGCGUCAGCAAUUGGCACCUUGCGAGGCUAUGAGGCGGGGCUGGGAUCAAUGCUGAGUUUUUACAGGCUGCCCAGGCGCACUUGACCUGAGCGUGACUGACUUGCCUUUCCUUCUCACCAGCACCACCGCCAUGUAGCUCUCCCGUGGAUGUGGCUUUCAUCCUGGACUCUUCGGGCAGCAUUGGAAGAACAAACUACCUUAAGCAGAAGGAAUUUGUCAAGCAGGUAGCCAGGAGUUUUGGCGUAGCACCAGGUCAGAGUCAAGCAGCGAUGGUCCUAUACAGUAGCACAGCUUCCGUACAGGCUCGAUUCGGACAGUAUGCAACCGCGGAGGAGUUCGCCAAAGCUGUAGACGCUCUACCUUACGAGAGGGGCCUGACACGAAUCGACAUGGCCUUGGAUCUAGCAAGCACGGACAUCUUCCCUGCAGCGAGGCCGGGCGUGCCUAAGAUUGCCAUACUAAUAACCGACGGCAAGCAGACGCAAGCAAAGGACGCCAAGGACUUGAAAGUGGCCUCUGAUCCCUUGCGGAAGGCAGGCGUUCGCGUCCUAGCCGUGGGUAUUGGCUCCGGUGUGGACGCAGAUGAACUGCGAUCCAUAACAGAGACUGACGAGGAUGUGGUGGUGGCCGCAGACUUUACAGACCUCAUGCUGAAACUGGCCAACCUAACCAGCAGAGCUUGCGAACUGGCCGGUAAGUAUCAUUUGUCUUGUCCUUAGCUCUAAUGCCCAGGGCCUUAGUAGCAGUGAGAUGCAUGUGGCAAGCGCCAUAGAUAUGAUGUGGUUGCGCUGUCAGCUAGCCCGCCAAGUGAAUGUGCCUUGACAGACUGGUGGCCGGCAACCAAAGUGUGGUCGGUAUGAUAGCUGGCGCUGUUUUCAGGCCUUGAGCGCGUCAGCAAUUGGCACCUUGCGAGGCUAUGAGGCGGGGCUGGGAUCAAUGCUGAGUUUUUACAGGCUGCCCAGGCGCACUUGACCUGAGCGUGACUGACUUGCCUUUCCUUCUCACCAGCACCACCGCCAUGUAGCUCUCCCGUGGAUGUGGCUUUCAUCCUGGACUCUUCGGGCAGCAUUGGAAGAACAAACUACCUUAAGCAGAAGGAAUUUGUCAAGCAGGUAGCCAGGAGUUUUGGCGUAGCACCAGGUCAGAGUCAAGCAGCGAUGGUCCUAUACAGUAGCACAGCUUCCGUACAGGCUCGAUUCGGACAGUAUGCAACCGCGGAGGAGUUCGCCAAAGCUGUAGACGCUCUACCUUACGAGAGGGGCCUGACACGAAUCGACAUGGCCUUGGAUCUAGCAAGCACGGACAUCUUCCCUGCAGCGAGGCCGGGCGUGCCUAAGAUUGCCAUACUAAUAACCGACGGCAAGCAGACGCAAGCAAAGGACGCCAAGGACUUGAAAGUGGCCUCUGAUCCCUUGCGGAAGGCAGGCGUUCGCGUCCUAGCCGUGGGUAUUGGCUCCGGUGUGGACGCAGAUGAACUGCGAUCCAUAACAGAGACUGACGAGGAUGUGGUGGUGGCCGCAGACUUUACAGACCUCAUGCUGAAACUGGCCAACCUAACCAGCAGAGCUUGCGAACUGGCCGGUAAGUAUCAUUUGUCUUGUCCUUAGCUCUAAUGCCCAGGGCCUUAGUAGCAGUGAGAUGCAUGUGGCAAGCGCCAUAGAUAUGAUGUGGUUGCGCUGUCAGCUAGCCCGCCAAGUGAAUGUGCCCUUGACAGACUGGUGGCCGGCAACCAAAGUGUGGUCGGUAUGAUAGCUGGCGCUGUUUUCAGGCCUUGAGCGCGGCAGCAAUUGGCACCUUGCGAGGCUAUGAGGCGGGGCUGGGAUCAAUGCUGAGUUUUUACAGGCUGCCCAGGCGCACUUGACCUGAGCGUGACUGACUUGCCUUUCCUUCUCACCAGCACCACCGCCAUGUAGCUCUCCCGUGGAUGUGGCUUUCAUCCUGGACUCUUCGGGCAGCAUUGGAAGAACAAACUACCUUAAGCAGAAGGAAUUUGUCAAGCAGGUAGCCAGGAGUUUUGGCGUAGCACCAGGUCAGAGUCAAGCAGCGAUGGUCCUAUACAGUAGCACAGCUUCCGUACAGGCUCGAUUCGGACAGUAUGCAACCGCGGAGGAGUUCGCCAAAGCUGUAGACGCUCUACCUUACGAGAGGGGCCUGACACGAAUCGACAUGGCCUUGGAUCUAGCAAGCACGGACAUCUUCCCUGCAGCGAGGCCGGGCGUGCCUAAGAUUGCCAUACUAAUAACCGACGGCAAGCAGACGCAAGCAAAGGACGCCAAGGACUUGAAAGUGGCCUCUGAUCCCUUGCGGAAGGCAGGCGUUCGCGUCCCAGCCGUGGGUAUUGGCUCCGGUGUGGACGCAGAUGAACUGCGAUCCAUAACAGAGACUGACGAGGAUGUGGUGGUGGCCGCAGACUUUACAGACCUCAUGCUGAAACUGGCCAACCUAACCAGCAGAGCUUGCGAACUGGCCGGUAAGUAUCAUUUGUCUUGUCCUUAGCUCUAAUGCCCAGGGCCUUAGUAGCAGUGAGAUGCAUGUGGCAAGCGCCAUAGAUAUGAUGUGGUUGCGCUGUCAGCUAGCCCGCCAAGUGAAUGUGCCUUGACAGACUGGUGGCCGGCAACCAAAGUGUGGUCGGUAUGAUAGCUGGCGCUGUUUUCAGGCCAUGAGCGCGUCAGCAAUUGGCACCUUGCGAGGCUAUGAGGCGGGGCUGGGAUCAAUGCUGAGUUUUUACAGGCUGCCCAGGCGCACUUGACCUGAGCGUGACUGACUUGCCUUUCCUUCUCACCAGCACCACCGCCAUGUAGCUCUCCCGUGGAUGUGGCUUUCAUCCUGGACUCUUCGGGCAGCAUUGGAAGAACAAACUACCUUAAGCAGAAGGAAUUUGUCAAGCAGGUAGCCAGGAGUUUUGGCGUAGCACCAGGUCAGAGUCAAGCAGCGAUGGUCCUAUACAGUAGCACAGCUUCCGUACAGGCUCGAUUCGGACAGUAUGCAACCGCGGAGGAGUUCGCCAAAGCUGUAGACGCUCUACCUUACGAGAGGGGCCUGACACGAAUCGACAUGGCCUUGGAUCUAGCAAGCACGGACAUCUUCCCUGCAGCGAGGCCGGGCGUGCCUAAGAUUGCCAUACUAAUAACCGACGGCAAGCAGACGCAAGCAAAGGACGCCAAGGACUUGAAAGUGGCCUCUGAUCCCUUGCGGAAGGCAGGCGUUCGCGUCCCAGCCGUGGGUAUUGGCUCCGGUGUGGACGCAGAUGAACUGCGAUCCAUAACAGAGACUGACGAGGAUGUGGUGGUGGCCGCAGACUUUACAGACCUCAUGCUGAAACUGGCCAACCUAACCAGCAGAGCUUGCCAACUGGCCGGUAAGUAUCAUUUGUCUUGUCCUUAGCUCUAAUGCCCAGGGCCUUAGUAGCAGUGAGAUGCAUGUGGCAAGCGCCAUAGAUAUGAUGUGGUUGCGCUGUCAGCUAGCCCGCCAAGUGAAUGUGCCUUGACAGACUGGUGGCCGGCAACCAAAGUGUGGUCGGUAUGAUAGCUGGCGCUGUUUUCAGGCCUUGAGCGCGUCAGCAAUUGGCACCUUGCGAGGCUAUGAGGCGGGGCUGGGAUCAAUGCUGAGUUUUUACAGGCUGCCCAGGCGCACUUGACCUGAGCGUGACUGACUUGCCUUUCCUUCUCACCAGCACCACCGCCAUGUAGCUCUCCCGUGGAUGUGGCUUUCAUCCUGGACUCUUCGGGCAGCAUUGGAAGAACAAACUACCUUAAGCAGAAGGAAUUUGUCAAGCAGGUAGCCAGGAGUUUUGGCGUAGCACCAGGUCAGAGUCAAGCAGCGAUGGUCCUAUACAGUAGCACAGCUUCCGUACAGGCUCGAUUCGGACAGUAUGCAACCGCGGAGGAGUUCGCCAAAGCUGUAGACGCUCUACCUUACGAGAGGGGCCUGACACGAAUCGACAUGGCCUUGGAUCUAGCAAGCACGGACAUCUUCCCUGCAGCGAGGCCGGGCGUGCCUAAGAUUGCCAUACUAAUAACCGACGGCAAGCAGACGCAAGCAAAGGACGCCAAGGACUUGAAAGUGGCCUCUGAUCCCUUGCGGAAGGCAGGCGUUCGCGUCCCAGCCGUGGGUAUUGGCUCCGGUGUGGACGCAGAUGAACUGCGAUCGAUAACAGAGACUGACGAGGAUGUGGUGGUGGCCGCAGACUUUACAGACCUCAUGCUGAAACUGGCCAACCUAACCAGCAGAGCUUGCGAACUGGCCGGUAAGUAUCAUUUGUCUUGUCCUUAGCUCUAAUGCCCAGGGCCUUAGUAGCAGUGAGAUGCAUGUGGCAAGCGCCAUAGAUAUGAUGUGGUUGCGCUGUCAGCUAGCCCGCCAAGUGAGUGUACAUGUGCCUUGACAGACUGGUGGCCGGCAACCAAAGUGUGGUCGGUAUGAUAGCUGGCGCUGUUUUCAGGCCUUGAGCGCGGCAGCAAUUGGCACCUUGCGAGGCUAUGAGGCGGGGCUGGGAUCAAUGCUGAGUUUUUACAGGCUGCCCAGGCGCACUUGACCUGAGCGUGACUGACUUGCCUUUCCUUCUCACCAGCACCACCGCCAUGUAGCUCUCCCGUGGAUGUGGCUUUCAUCCUGGACUCUUCGGGCAGCAUUGGAAGAACAAACUACCUUAAGCAGAAGGAAUUUGUCAAGCAGGUAGCCAGGAGUUUUGGCGUAGCACCAGGUCAGAGUCAAGCAGCGAUGGUCCUAUACAGUAGCACAGCUUCCGUACAGGCUCGAUUCGGACAGUAUGCAACCGCGGAGGAGUUCGCCAAAGCUGUAGACGCUCUACCUUACGAGAGGGGCCUGACACGAAUCGACAUGGCCUUGGAUCUAGCAAGCACGGACAUCUUCCCUGCAGCGAGGCCGGGCGUGCCUAAGAUUGCCAUACUAAUAACCGACGGCAAGCAGACGCAAGCAAAGGACGCCAAGGACUUGAAAGUGGCCUCUGAUCCCUUGCGGAAGGCAGGCGUUCGCGUCCUAGCCGUGGGUAUUGGCUCCGGUGUGGACGCAGAUGAACUGCGAUCGAUAACAGAGACUGACGAGGAUGUGGUGGUGGCCGCAGACUUUACAGACCUCAUGCUGAAACUGGCCAACCUAACCAGCAGAGCUUGCGAACUGGCCGGUAAGUAUCAUUUGUCUUGUCCUUAGCUCUAAUGCCCAGGGCCUUAGUAGCAGUGAGAUGCAUGUGGCAAGCGCCAUAGAUAUGAUGUGGUUGCGCUGUCAGCUAGCCCGCCAAGUGAAUGUGCCUUGACAGACUGGUGGCCGGCAACCAAAGUGUGGUCGGUAUGAUAGCUGGCGCUGUUUUCAGGCCUUGAGCGCGUCAGCAAUUGGCACCUUGCGAGGCUAUGAGGCGGGGCUGGGAUCAAUGCUGAGUUUUUACAGGCUGCCCAGGCGCACUUGACCUGAGCGUGACUGACUUGCCUUUCCUUCUCACCAGCACCACCGCCAUGUAGCUCUCCCGUGGAUGUGGCUUUCAUCCUGGACUCUUCGGGCAGCAUUGGAAGAACAAACUACCUUAAGCAGAAGGAAUUUGUCAAGCAGGUAGCCAGGAGUUUUGGCGUAGCACCAGGUCAGAGUCAAGCAGCGAUGGUCCUAUACAGUAGCACAGCUUCCGUACAGGCUCGAUUCGGACAGUAUGCAACCGCGGAGGAGUUCGCCAAAGCUGUAGACGCUCUACCUUACGAGAGGGGCCUGACACGAAUCGACAUGGCCUUGGAUCUAGCAAGCACGGACAUCUUCCCUGCAGCGAGGCCGGGCGUGCCUAAGAUUGCCAUACUAAUAACCGACGGCAAGCAGACGCAAGCAAAGGACGCCAAGGACUUGAAAGUGGCCUCUGAUCCCUUGCGGAAGGCAGGCGUUCGCGUCCCAGCCGUGGGUAUUGGCUCCGGUGUGGACGCAGAUGAACUGCGAUCGAUAACAGAGACUGACGAGGAUGUGGUGGUGGCCGCAGACUUUACAGACCUCAUGCUGAAACUGGCCAACCUAACCAGCAGAGCUUGCGAACUGGCCGGUAAGUAUCAUUUGUCUUGUCCUUAGCUCUAAUGCCCAGGGCCUUAGUAGCAGUGAGAUGCAUGUGGCAAGCGCCAUAGACAUGAUGUGGUUGCGCUGUCAGCUAGCCCGCCAAGUGAGUGUACAUGUGCCUUGACAGACUGGUGGCCGGCAACCAAAGUGUGGUCGGUAUGAUAGCUGGCGCUGUUUUCAGGCCUUGAGCGCGGCAGCAAUUGGCACCUUGCGAGGCUAUGAGGCGGGGCUGGGAUCAAUGCUGAGUUUUUACAGGCUGCCCAGGCGCACUUGACCUGAGCGUGACUGACUUGCCUUUCCUUCUCACCAGCACCACCGCCAUGUAGCUCUCCCGUGGAUGUGGCUUUCAUCCUGGACUCUUCGGGCAGCAUUGGAAGAACAAACUACCUUAAGCAGAAGGAAUUUGUCAAGCAGGUAGCCAGGAGUUUUGGCGUAGCACCAGGUCAGAGUCAAGCAGCGAUGGUCCUAUACAGUAGCACAGCUUCCGUACAGGCUCGAUUCGGACAGUAUGCAACCGCGGAGGAGUUCGCCAAAGCUGUAGACGCUCUACCUUACGAGAGGGGCCUGACACGAAUCGACAUGGCCUUGGAUCUAGCAAGCACGGACAUCUUCCCUGCAGCGAGGCCGGGCGUGCCUAAGAUUGCCAUACUAAUAACCGACGGCAAGCAGACGCAAGCAAAGGACGCCAAGGACUUGAAAGUGGCCUCUGAUCCCUUGCGGAAGGCAGGCGUUCGCGUCCUAGCCGUGGGUAUUGGCUCCGGUGUGGACGCAGAUGAACUGCGAUCGAUAACAGAGACUGACGAGGAUGUGGUGGUGGCCGCAGACUUUACAGACCUCAUGCUGAAACUGGCCAACCUAACCAGCAGAGCUUGCGAACUGGCCGGUAAGUAUCAUUUGUCUUGUCCUUAGCUCUAAUGCCCAGGGCCUUAGUAGCAGUGAGAUGCAUGUGGCAAGCGCCAUAGAUAUGAUGUGGUUGCGCUGUCAGCUAGCCCGCCAAGUGAAUGUGCCUUGACAGACUGGUGGCCGGCAACCAAAGUGUGGUCGGUAUGAUAGCUGGCGCUGUUUUCAGGCCUUGAGCGCGGCAGCAAUUGGCACCUUGCGAGGCUAUGAGGCGGGGCUGGGAUCAAUGCUGAGUUUUUACAGGCUGCCCAGGCGCACUUGACCUGAGCGUGACUGACUUGCCUUUCCUUCUCACCAGCACCACCGCCAUGUAGCUCUCCCGUGGAUGUGGCUUUCAUCCUGGACUCUUCGGGCAGCAUUGGAAGAACAAACUACCUUAAGCAGAAGGAAUUUGUCAAGCAGGUAGCCAGGAGUUUUGGCGUAGCACCAGGUCAGAGUCAAGCAGCGAUGGUCCUAUACAGUAGCACAGCUUCCGUACAGGCUCGAUUCGGACAGUAUGCAACCGCGGAGGAGUUCGCCAAAGCUGUAGACGCUCUACCUUACGAGAGGGGCCUGACACGAAUCGACAUGGCCUUGGAUCUAGCAAGCACGGACAUCUUCCCUGCAGCGAGGCCGGGCGUGCCUAAGAUUGCCAUACUAAUAACCGACGGCAAGCAGACGCAAGCAAAGGACGCCAAGGACUUGAAAGUGGCCUCUGAUCCCUUGCGGAAGGCAGGCGUUCGCGUCCCAGCCGUGGGUAUUGGCUCCGGUGUGGACGCAGAUGAACUGCGAUCGAUAACAGAGACUGACGAGGAUGUGGUGGUGGCCGCAGACUUUACAGACCUCAUGCUGAAACUGGCCAACCUAACCAGCAGAGCUUGCGAACUGGCCGGUAAGUAUCAUUUGUCUUGUCCUUAGCUCUAAUGCCCAGGGCCUUAGUAGCAGUGAGAUGCAUGUGGCAAGCGCCAUAGAUAUGAUGUGGUUGCGCUGUCAGCUAGCCCGCCAAGUGAGUGUACAUGUGCCUUGACAGACUGGUGGCCGGCAACCAAAGUGUGGUCGGUAUGAUAGCUGGCGCUGUUUUCAGGCCUUGAGCGCGGCAGCAAUUGGCACCUUGCGAGGCUAUGAGGCGGGGCUGGGAUCAAUGCUGAGUUUUUACAGGCUGCCCAGGCGCACUUGACCUGAGCGUGACUGACUUGCCUUUCCUUCUCACCAGCACCACCGCCAUGUAGCUCUCCCGUGGAUGUGGCUUUCAUCCUGGACUCUUCGGGCAGCAUUGGAAGAACAAACUACCUUAAGCAGAAGGAAUUUGUCAAGCAGGUAGCCAGGAGUUUUGGCGUAGCACCAGGUCAGAGUCAAGCAGCGAUGGUCCUAUACAGUAGCACAGCUUCCGUACAGGCUCGAUUCGGACAGUAUGCAACCGCGGAGGAGUUCGCCAAAGCUGUAGACGCUCUACCUUACGAGAGGGGCCUGACACGAAUCGACAUGGCCUUGGAUCUAGCAAGCACGGACAUCUUCCCUGCAGCGAGGCCGGGCGUGCCUAAGAUUGCCAUACUAAUAACCGACGGCAAGCAGACGCAAGCAAAGGACGCCAAGGACUUGAAAGUGGCCUCUGAUCCCUUGCGGAAGGCAGGCGUUCGCGUCCUAGCCGUGGGUAUUGGCUCCGGUGUGGACGCAGAUGAACUGCGAUCGAUAACAGAGACUGACGAGGAUGUGGUGGUGGCCGCAGACUUUACAGACCUCAUGCUGAAACUGGCCAACCUAACCAGCAGAGCUUGCGAACUGGCCGGUAAGUAUCAUUUGUCUUGUCCUUAGCUCUAAUGCCCAGGGCCUUAGUAGCAGUGAGAUGCAUGUGGCAAGCGCCAUAGAUAUGAUGUGGUUGCGCUGUCAGCUAGCCCGCCAAGUGAGUGUGCCUUGACAGACUGGUGGCCGGCAACCAAAGUGUGGUCGGUAUGAUAGCUGGCGCUGUUUUCAGGCCUUGAGCGCGGCAGCAAUUGGCACCUUGCGAGGCUAUGAGGCGGGGCUGGGAUCAAUGCUGAGUUUUUACAGGCUGCCCAGGCGCACUUGACCUGAGCGUGACUGACUUGCCUUUCCUUCUCACCAGCACCACCGCCAUGUAGCUCUCCCGUGGAUGUGGCUUUCAUCCUGGACUCUUCGGGCAGCAUUGGAAGAACAAACUACCUUAAGCAGAAGGAAUUUGUCAAGCAGGUAGCCAGGAGUUUUGGCGUAGCACCAGGUCAGAGUCAAGCAGCGAUGGUCCUAUACAGUAGCACAGCUUCCGUACAGGCUCGAUUCGGACAGUAUGCAACCGCGGAGGAGUUCGCCAAAGCUGUAGACGCUCUACCUUACGAGAGGGGCCUGACACGAAUCGACAUGGCCUUGGAUCUAGCAAGCACGGACAUCUUCCCUGCAGCGAGGCCGGGCGUGCCUAAGAUUGCCAUACUAAUAACCGACGGCAAGCAGACGCAAGCAAAGGACGCCAAGGACUUGAAAGUGGCCUCUGAUCCCUUGCGGAAGGCAGGCGUUCGCGUCCUAGCCGUGGGUAUUGGCUCCGGUGUGGACGCAGAUGAACUGCGAUCGAUAACAGAGACUGACGAGGAUGUGGUGGUGGCCGCAGACUUUACAGACCUCAUGCUGAAACUGGCCAACCUAACCAGCAGAGCUUGCGAACUGGCCGGUAAGUAUCAUUUGUCUUGUCCUUAGCUCUAAUGCCCAGGGCCUUAGUAGCAGUGAGAUGCAUGUGGCAAGCGCCAUAGAUAUGAUGUGGUUGCGCUGUCAGCUAGCCCGCCAAGUGAGUGUGCCUUGACAGACUGGUGGCCGGCAACCAAAGUGUGGUCGGUAUGAUAGCUGGCGCUGUUUUCAGGCCUUGAGCGCGGCAGCAAUUGACACCUUGCGAGGCUAUGAGGCGGGGCUAGGAUCAAUGCUGAGUUUUUACAGGCUGCCCAGGCGCACUUGACCUGAGCGUGACUGACUUGCCUUUCCUUCUCACCAGCACCACCGCCAUGUAGCUCUCCCGUGGAUGUGGCUUUCAUCCUGGACUCUUCGGGCAGCAUUGGAAGAACAAACUACCUUAAGCAGAAGGAAUUUGUCAAGCAGGUAGCCAGGAGUUUUGGCGUAGCACCAGGUCAGAGUCAAGCAGCGAUGGUCCUAUACAGUAGCACAGCUUCCGUACAGGCUCGAUUCGGACAGUAUGCAACCGCGGAGGAGUUCGCCAAAGCUGUAGACGCUCUACCUUACGAGAGGGGCCUGACACGAAUCGACAUGGCCUUGGAUCUAGCAAGCACGGACAUCUUCCCUGCAGCGAGGCCGGGCGUGCCUAAGAUUGCCAUACUAAUAACCGACGGCAAGCAGACGCAAGCAAAGGACGCCAAGGACUUGAAAGUGGCCUCUGAUCCCUUGCGGAAGGCAGGCGUUCGCGUCCUAGCCGUGGGUAUUGGCUCCGGUGUGGACGCAGAUGAACUGCGAUCGAUAACAGAGACUGACGAGGAUGUGGUGGUGGCCGCAGACUUUACAGACCUCAUGCUGAAACUGGCCAACCUAACCAGCAGAGCUUGCCAACUGGCCGGUAAGUAUCAUUUGUCUUGUCCUUAGCUCUAAUGCCCAGGGCCUUAGUAGCAGUGAGAUGCAUGUGGCAAGCGCCAUAGAUAUGAUGUGGUUGCGCUGUCAGCUAGCCCGCCAAGUGAGUGUACAUGUGCCUUGACAGACUGGUGGCCGGCAACCAAAGUGUGGUCGGUAUGAUAGCUGGCGCUGUUUUCAGGCCUUGAGCGCGGCAGCAAUUGGCACCUUGCGAGGCUAUGAGGCGGGGCUGGGAUCAAUGCUGAGUUUUUACAGGCUGCCCAGGCGCACUUGACCUGAGCGUGACUGACUUGCCUUUCCUUCUCACCAGCACCACCGCCAUGUAGCUCUCCCGUGGAUGUGGCUUUCAUCCUGGACUCUUCGGGCAGCAUUGGAAGAACAAACUACCUUAAGCAGAAGGAAUUUGUCAAGCAGGUAGCCAGGAGUUUUGGCGUAGCACCAGGUCAGAGUCAAGCAGCGAUGGUCCUAUACAGUAGCACAGCUUCCGUACAGGCUCGAUUCGGACAGUAUGCAACCGCGGAGGAGUUCGCCAAAGCUGUAGACGCUCUACCUUACGAGAGGGGCCUGACACGAAUCGACAUGGCCUUGGAUCUAGCAAGCACGGACAUCUUCCCUGCAGCGAGGCCGGGCGUGCCUAAGAUUGCCAUACUAAUAACCGACGGCAAGCAGACGCAAGCAAAGGACGCCAAGGACUUGAAAGUGGCCUCUGAUCCCUUGCGGAAGGCAGGCGUUCGCGUCCCAGCCGUGGGUAUUGGCUCCGGUGUGGACGCAGAUGAACUGCGAUCGAUAACAGAGACUGACGAGGAUGUGGUGGUGGCCGCAGACUUUACAGACCUCAUGCUGAAACUGGCCAACCUAACCAGCAGAGCUUGCGAACUGGCCGGUAAGUAUCAUUUGUCUUGUCCUUAGCUCUAAUGCCCAGGGCCUUAGUAGCAGUGAGAUGCAUGUGGCAAGCGCCAUAGAUAUGAUGUGGUUGCGCUGUCAGCUAGCCCGCCAAGUGAAUGUGCCUUGACAGACUGGUGGCCGGCAACCAAAGUGUGGUCGGUAUGAUAGCUGGCGCUGUUUUCAGGCCUUGAGCGCGGCAGCAAUUGGCACCUUGCGAGGCUAUGAGGCGGGGGGCUGGGAUCAAUGCUGAGUUUUUACAGGCUGCCCAGGCGCACUUGACCUGAGCGUGACUGACUUGCCUUUCCUUCUCACCAGCACCACCGCCAUGUAGCUCUCCCCGUGGAUGUGGCUUUCAUCCUGGACUCUUCGGGCAGCAUUGGAAGAACAAACUACCUUAAGCAGAAGGAAUUUGUCAAGCAGGUAGCCAGGAGUUUUGGCGUAGCACCAGGUCAGAGUCAAGCAGCGAUGGUCCUAUACAGUAGCACAGCUUCCGUACAGGCUCGAUUCGGACAGUAUGCAACCGCGGAGGAGUUCGCCAAAGCUGUAGACGCUCUACCUUACGAGAGGGGCCUGACACGAAUCGACAUGGCCUUGGAUCUAGCAAGCACGGACAUCUUCCCUGCAGCGAGACCGGGCGUGCCUAAGAUUGCCAUACUAAUAACCGACGGCAAGCAGACGCAAGCAAAGGACGCCAAGGACUUGAAAGUGGCCUCUGAUCCCUUGCGGAAGGCAGGCGUUCGCGUCCUAGCCGUGGGUAUUGGCUCCGGUGUGGACGCAGAUGAACUGCGAUCGAUAACAGAGACUGACGAGGAUGUGGUGGUGGCCGCAGACUUUACAGACCUCAUGCUGAAACUGGCCAACCUAACCAGCAGAGCUUGCGAACUGGCCGGUAAGUAUCAUUUGUCUUGUCCUUAGCUCUAAUGCCCAGGGCCUUAGUAGCAGUGAGAUGCAUGUGGCAAGCGCCAUAGAUAUGAUGUGGUUGCGCUGUCAGCUAGCCCGCCAAGUGAGCGUGCCUUGACAGACUGGUGGCCGGCAACCAAAGUGUGGUCGGUAUGAUAGCUGGCGCUGUUUUCAGGCCUUGAGCGCGGCAGCAAUUGGCACCUUGCGAGGCUAUGAGGCGGGGCUGGGAUCAAUGCUGAGUUUUUACAGGCUGCCCAGGCGCACUUGACCUGAGCGUGACUGACUUGCCUUUCCUUCUCACCAGCACCACCGCCAUGUAGGUCUCCCGUGGAUGUGGCUUUCAUCCUGGACUCUUCGGGCAGCAUUGGAAGAACAAACUACCUUAAGCAGAAGGAAUUUGUCAAGCAGGUAGCCAGGAGUUUUGGCGUAGCACCAGGUCAGAGUCAAGCAGCGAUGGUCCUAUACAGUAGCACAGCUUCCGUACAGGCUCGAUUCGGACAGUAUGCAACCGCGGAGGAGUUCGCCAAAGCUGUAGACGCUCUACCUUACGAGAGGGGCCUGACACGAAUCGACAUGGCCUUGGAUCUAGCAAGCACGGACAUCUUCCCCGCAGCGAGGCCGGGCGUGCCUAAGAUUGCCAUACUAAUAACCGACGGCAAGCAGACGCAAGCAAAGGACGCCAAGGACUUGAAAGUGGCCUCUGAUCCCUUGCGGAAGGCAGGCGUUCGCGUCCCAGCCGUGGGUAUUGGCUCCGGUGUGGACGCAGAUGAACUGCGAUCGAUAACAGAGACUGACGAGGAUGUGGUGGUGGCCGCAGACUUUACAGACCUCAUGCUGAAACUGACCAACCUAACCAGCAGAGCUUGCCAACUCGCCGGUAAGUAUCAUUUGUCUUGUCCUUAGCUCUAAUGCCCAGGGCCUUAGUAGCAGUGAGAUGCAUGUGGCAAGCGCCAUAGAUAUGAUGUGGUUGCGCUGUCAGCUAGCCCGCCAAGUGAGUGUACAUGUGCCUUGACAGACUGGUGGCCGGCAACCAAAGUGUGGUCGGUAUGAUAGCUGGCGCUGUUUUCAGGCCUUGAGCGCGGCAGCAAUUGGCACCUUGCGAGGCUAUGAGGCGGGGCUGGGAUCAAUGCUGAGUUUUUACAGGCUGCCCAGGCGCACUUGACCUGAGCGUGACUGACUUGCCUUUCCUUCUCACCAGCACCACCGCCAUGUAGCUCUCCCGUGGAUGUGGCUUUCAUCCUGGACUCUUCGGGCAGCAUUGGAAGAACAAACUACCUUAAGCAGAAGGAAUUUGUCAAGCAGGUAGCCAGGAGUUUUGGCGUAGCACCAGGUCAGAGUCAAGCAGCGAUGGUCCUAUACAGUAGCACAGCUUCCGUACAGGCUCGAUUCGGACAGUAUGCAACCGCGGAGGAGUUCGCCAAAGCUGUAGACGCUCUACCUUACGAGAGGGGCCUGACACGAAUCGACAUGGCCUUGGAUCUAGCAAGCACGGACAUCUUCCCUGCAGCGAGGCCGGGCGUGCCUAAGAUUGCCAUACUAAUAACCGACGGCAAGCAGACGCAAGCAAAGGACGCCAAGGACUUGAAAGUGGCCUCUGAUCCCUUGCGGAAGGCAGGCGUUCGCGUCCUAGCCGUGGGUAUUGGCUCCGGUGUGGACGCAGAUGAACUGCGAUCGAUAACAGAGACUGACGAGGAUGUGGUGGUGGCCGCAGACUUUACAGACCUCAUGCUGAAACUGGCCAACCUAACCAGCAGAGCUUGCGAACUGGCCGGUAAGUAUCAUUUGUCUUGUCCUUAGCUCUAAUGCCCAGGGCCUUAGUAGCAGUGAGAUACAUGAGGCAAGCGCCAUAGAUAUGAUGUGGUUGCGCUGUCAGCUAGCCCGCCAAGUGAGUGUACAUGUGCCUUGACAGACUGGUGGCCUCAACCAAAGUGUGGUCGGUAUGAUAGCUGGCGCUGUUUUCAGGCCUUGAGCGCGGCAGCAAUUGGCACCUUGCGAGGCUAUGAGGCGGGGCGGGGAUCAAUGCUGAGUUUUUACAGGCUGCCCAGGCGCACUUGACCUGAGCGUGACUGACUUGCCUUUCCUUCUCACUAGCACCACCGCCAUGUAGCUCUCCCGUGGAUGUGGCUUUCAUCCUGGACUCUUCGGGCAGCAUUGGAAGAACAAACUACCUUAAGCAGAAGGAAUUUGUCAAGCAGGUAGCCAGGAGUUUUGGCGUAGCACCAGGUCAGAGUCAAGCAGCGAUGGUCCUAUACAGUAGCACAGCUUCCGUACAGGCUCGAUUCGGACAGUAUGCAACCGCGGAGGAGUUCGCCAAAGCUGUAGACGCUCUACCUUACGAGAGGGGCCUGACACGAAUCGACAUGGCCUUGGAUCUAGCAAGCACGGACAUCUUCCCUGCAGCGAGGCCGGGCGUGCCUAAGAUUGCCAUACUAAUAACCGACGGCAAGCAGACGCAAGCAAAGGACGCCAAGGACUUGAAAGUGGCCUCUGAUCCCUUGCGGAAGGCAGGCGUUCGCGUCCUAGCCGUGGGUAUUGGCUCCGGUGUGGACGCAGAUGAACUGCGAUCCAUAACAGAGACUGACGAGGAUGUGGUGGUGGCCGCAGACUUUACAGACCUCAUGCUGAAACUGGCCAACCUAACCAGCAGAGCUUGCGAACUGGCCGGUAAGUAUCAUUUGUCUUGUCCUUAGCUCUAAUGCCCAGGGCCUUAGUAGCAGUGAGAUGCAUGUGGCGUGCGCCAUAGAUAUGAUGUGGUUGCGCUGUCAGCUAGCCCGCCAAGUGAAUGUGCCUUGACAGACUGGUGGCCGGCAACCAAAGUGUGGUCGGUAUGAUAGCUGGCGCUGUUUUCAGGACUUGAGCGCGUCAGCAAUUGGCACCUUGCGAGGCUAUGAGGCGGGGCUGGGAUCAAUGCUGAGUUUUUACAGGCUGCCCAGGCGCACUUGACCUGAGCGUGACUGACUUGCCUUUCCUUCUCACCAGCACCACCGCCAUGUAGCUCUCCCGUGGAUGUGGCUUUCAUCCUGGACUCUUCGGGCAGCAUUGGAAGAACAAACUACCUUAAGCAGAAGGAAUUUGUCAAGCAGGUAGCCAGGAGUUUUGGCGUAGCACCAGGUCAGAGUCAAGCAGCGAUGGUCCUAUACAGUAGCACAGCUUCCGUACAGGCUCGAUUCGGACAGUAUGCAACCGCGGAGGAGUUCGCCAAAGCUGUAGACGCUCUACCUUACGAGAGGGGCCUGACACGAAUCGACAUGGCCUUGGAUCUAGCAAGCACGGACAUCUUCCCUGCAGCGAGGCCGGGCGUGCCUAAGAUUGCCAUACUAAUAACCGACGGCAAGCAGACGCAAGCAAAGGACGCCAAGGACUUGAAAGUGGCCUCUGAUCCCUUGCGGAAGGCAGGCGUUCGCGUCCCAGCUGCCGUGGGUAUUGGCUCCGGUGUGGACGCAGAUGAACUGCGAUCCAUAACAGAGACUGACGAGGAUGUGGUGGUGGCCGCAGACUUUACAGACCUCAUGCUGAAACUGGCCAACCUAACCAGCAGAGCUUGCGAACUGGCCGGUAAGUAUCAUUUGUCUUGUCCUUAGCUCUAAUGCCCAGGGCCUUAGUAGCAGUGAGAUGCAUGUGGCAAGCGCCAUAGAUAUGAUGUGGUUGCGCUGUCAGCUAGCCCGCCAAGUGAAUGUGCCUUGACAGACUGGUGGCCGGCAACCAAAGUGUGGUCGGUAUGAUAGCUGGCGCUGUUUUCAGGCCUUGAGCGCGUCAGCAAUUGGCACCUUGCGAGACUAUGUGGUGGGGCUAGUAUUAAUGGUAGAUUUGGUUGAGCUGCAAGGUAGCGUGGAAAUCCGCCGUUGAUAAUAGUUUCUAAAUCUUUAUGAGCUAUCUUUGAAGAACUUUUUUUCUCAGUCUUUUUGUUUGUUUUUAUUUGGUUUGAAAUGUUUCAAUUCGUCGUUUCUUUCUCUUUUUUUUGUUAUUGCCGGUUUUUUAGUAAUUACCGCUGAGUUUUUGAAACGAUUGAUGUUAUCUUUUUUGAUAUUAAAUAGGAGAACAGAAGCCCUCAUGCCUUAUACCGAUGGAUUUGGCUUUUCUUUUGGAUUCUUCAAGGUCUGUGGGAAGAAUUGGCUACCAGAAGCAAAUAGAAUUUGUCGGUCUUGUAGCUCGCAUGAUUGAUGUGUCUUAUUUUGGGAGCCACAUUGGUAUAGUAUCUUAUAGUUCUCAGGCUCGUUUGGAUAUUCCCUUUUCAGAAAGUAACAAUUCUCAUGACCUGCUAUUCAUAAUGAAAGAUCUUAAAUUUCUUGGAGGUUCCGCAAGGAUUGGCCAUGCCCUUGAUCUCGCUUUUAAUGACCUCUUUACUGUCAGUUCUGGAUCAAGACUCGGUGUCCCUAAGGUCGUUGUAGUUGUUUCUUAUGGACAUGAACCAAAUACCACGGACUUUGAAUCUUUAAGCACUUCUGUUGAACCUUACAAAGCAGAGGGUAUUUCAGUUAUUGCAGUGGGCAUUGGGCCUAAUGCUGGUUUGCAGCGAUUGCGUGUACUAGUAGAGAACGAUAAGCUGGUCUUAGCAGCCUAUUCUUUCAAAGAACUCAGUGACCUGGCGGUUCCUAUCACAUCAUUGGCGUGUAGAGUUGCAGGUAAACAAGCAGUGAAUUUCUAAAUACAACUAGGAUCAUUGCUAUUAAUAAUUGCAAAGUCUUACCUCAGUGCUGUUGCGAAACUAAAGCAUGUAUAUAUUUAACCUUCUUGUUAUUUUUACUUCUUAUCAGGUUUUAGCUUCUAACAAUAAGUAGCUAGCCGCUUGUCGCCUAAUUAAAUUGAUGUUUUUGUUUCUCCGCUACUAUCAACAAUUUUGCAUGUUCACUCAAAAAAACUGUAAGGCAAAUCUAUGCUUUUUAAAUUUUUGAGACAAAUAUUUGUGGUUAUAAGAAGCGCCCCGUCUAACUAUAAAAUUGUCGUGAGUUCCAAAAUCAUAAAAUCAAUCAAAUGACGCCAAAUGAAAAAUCUUGGCAUUAGAAUUCAUCUUUUGCUAAACUUUAGUUAAAGUUAUAUUAUGAAUAAGGCAAAACGCGGGCUGUAAUAGAGUAUUUACAUGUUAACUAUUUCGGGAGCUAUGGUUUCCCCUCUCAUCAAAAAUCAUCCUAUUCAAUUCGAUCAAGAAGGAUAGGCGAAGAAUUGAGAUAUGAAUGUGCUACCUCCAAAUUAGGUAAUUACAAAAUGCCCACGAGACACGUAAAAAUAACCGCUUAAAACAGUAAAGGCAGGUUAAAAUAACACAACAGAUGCAACAGAUGCCACGGAUGGGCCCAACUGAAGAAGAUUCAAUUGGAUUGAAAUUAGGCUUUUUCAAAACUGUUCAGCCUAACAGUUUUUCAAAGUUGAUCUCUGCUGUUUGCAACUUCAAAAAUAAUGCUGAGGAGACAUAUUUGUUUGUCUCGAAUCUCUGCUUGUGUCAUUUACAAGUAAUUUCAUUGCUUACUUUAAGUUCCAUAGCGAGUAACUGGCAAAAUUAAACAAAAUGAACUGGACUGCCGUGACACAGCCCCUUUAAUUAACUCAUAUUACUUCCUUGGUCAAAGUUAGUGGUGCGGAUCAAUUUAUACGCGAAAGAGUAGCUGUUGUGGUAGGAAUCUAAUGAUUUCUACCUGAACGUUGCUAAUCGAUGGGCAAAAUUUAUGCUCAAUAACAACAAAAGUAGAGUAAACAAUCCACAAAAUGGACGGAAAAACUCAUCCAGGAGAGCAAAUUUUUUAGCAAGUCUAGGAAAGAAGAUUUGCACACGCCAUAGCUUGCUCUCCCAUAGGAUAAAACACUCAUACCCCUAGCUGUAACAUUUGAAACAGACCUCAGACUUGAGGUCGAAUUAUGAAGAAAAAGAGCAAAGCCCGCUUUAAACAAAAGCUCGGGAUGCUAAUUCGGGUAUUUUCUUUAAUUGCAACAGCUAACGAAGCUCCACGUCGAUUCGUACGCGCCUUUCGUAUUUAACAACCACCUACCUGUUUUUCAACUCUCAAUAAGACGUUUACCUCUUGUUAAUUAAACAGUAAUCUUUAGUUGCGCCUUUUUUUGUGAUCAAUUUUUACUGGAGUAGUGAUCCUUACGAAUUCUUAGUUCUAAAAACCCUUUCAGUACUAUUCUACCAAGAAGAAUGUUACUGCCCAUAGUGUGAAAGUUUGACUGAUAAUCCAUUUUUUGCAGAUGGUCUUGCACUAGGUUAAUAAUGUAUUGUUCUAUUUCAUAGAACCUAAAAAGGUCAUUCAUCCCAUGGAUGUACUCUUCCUAAUUGACACGUCUGAAGGCGUCAGCGACCUUGACUUCCAGAGAGAAAAGAAUUUCAUUAAGACCGUUGUUCGAAGUUUCAAGAUAUCUUCCGACCAUAGCCGUGUAGGCUUAAUGUCAUACAGCAAUGAAACUGAAAUCACUGUCAAUUUUUCCGACGAACAGUCACAUGAUAGCCUUCUAGAACGUGUUGAAUCUCUUCCAUUUCUUGGAGGACAACGUCAGUUUAACAAUGCCCUCGAAAAGGCAGCCGCGCAGUUUUUUUCUCCCUCUGGAUCUUCCCGAUCUGUUGUGCAGAAAGCCGCUGUUAUAAUUACAAACUGUGACCAGGUUUCCACCAAGGGUACAGACCAUUUGGAGGAGUCUUCUCUCUUGCAAGAAAAUGAUGUUAAGGUCCUCAUUAUAGCUGUUGGUUGUGAUGGUGCUGAUCAGGAGAACAAUUUGCAGAAGCUUGUUCAGGAUGCAGACCAAAUAUUUACCCCAGAUUCCUUUGAGAAUCUGGCGGCAGCAGCUGUCGUAGCAAAAUUGCAUUGACUGUCGUGCUUCCGUGAACCAUGCAGAUAUUGCAGGGUAAACCCUUUUGGCAGGUUUAGUCUUGUUUUUUAUAUAUGGACAGUGAACUUUCUAUGAGCCGGUGUCCUUUUAAAAAAUUAGAAGCCUCUUCCAGGGAAGAACGAACAAAAUGCGUUUUUGCAUGUUAUUUCAAUAAAACAAAAUCAACGCUAGUCAAAUUCAUUUUAAAAAAAAUUGAAUGCCCGCUCAACGUGGAUGUGUUUUUUAAACCUCUGAGAGAGGAAACUCGUUGAAACUUUGCGGCAUUUGCAUAUGAACCCUUUUCAAAUCAUUGUAAAAGCCUCUUCAGUUUUUGAUGCCGUUCCUCCAUAGAAGCGUAGGUAUCUAGACGUUGCAGGCUUUUACUUUUAUGUAUUCUGUGUUGGUUCCCCUAAAACCAGGGAAGAACGAACAAAAUUCGACCAUCAGCAUUGAAUCCCAUCUAAAUAAGUUUUUUAAAAAAGCUUUUUAUGCCUCCUCCAUUUACCAUCCAAAAGACCAUCAACCCAUCUAAAUAGAAAUCCAUCAACUGAAAGGCUUUGGGGUUGAUUGUUUGCAAAACGAAUCUAUGAAAUCUAAUUGACGAACGAAUUUAACGUGCAGGUAGUUAGGGUUAAAAUUCACAAACAUGCUCUUUAAUAACCUGGUGUGACUAUGCUCAUUGAAGUUAAUUCAGUCUUUAUGUUUUUUAUUUCCUAGGAGAGAUUUUUAGUGGACAUCGUUGCUCGGUAAUCUAUUUUUAAAUUUUGUUUCCCUGCUGUUUCAGCUCCAGAUGAAUGCACUAAAUCCGCCGAUGUCGCCUUUAUAUUGGAUUCCUCAGAUAGCGUCGGUAUGGAAGAUUAUCAGUUACAAAAAGAUUUUGUCAAAGCUAUCGCUGAAAGUUUUGGCAUUCGCCCCACGGGAAGCCGUGUAGGAAUCAUUAUUGCGAACAAAGAUGCAGCUGUAAAUAUCAAAUUAAGUGACCACUUACAUGUAGAGGAUUUGAAGGAGUCAGUUGAUAAGCUUCCUUACAUAGGAGGAACAGCAAGGAUCGAUAAAGCUUUAAACCUGGCCACAUCUAAAUUGUUCGUAUCUCAAGGCGGGGCUAGGCCUGGACUGUCAAAGAUACUGAUCAUAGUGACCACCGGAAAACAAAAUGCAACACUGAACGGCGAACUGAUGGGUGUCGUUGCUCAGAAACUUCUUCGUAUGGGAGUAACGGUGUACGUCAUUGUUGUCGGUAAAGAGGUAGACGAUAAGGUGCUUGGUUCUUUGGUCACCGAAGAAGAGAAUUUGUUUCUUGAGGAUUCAUUUAAAAGCCUAAUGUUGAAAACACGGCAACUUGCGAAGAUGGCUUGUGAUAACGCAGGUUUGUUUCUACGUUUUUUAUCUUUGCCUUGUAGUCUUCAUUAAAAGGGCGAUCCGCCUACAAAACCUCAGCGCGGGUCUUCAUGAGUUGCCUAUUGCUAUUGCUUCUUCUCUUGUCGUUUCUUUGUUUUUAAGGAUUUUCUAGAUGCAUCAAUCCAGUUGACGUCGCUUUCCUAGUGGACUCCUCUGGUAGCCUCGAAGAAGAAGGUUUCAAUAAGCAAAAGGAAUUUAUAAAAGCAGUAGCAGCGACUCUGGACAUAUCUCCUUUUCACAGCCAGAUUGGUGUAAUAACCUACAGUGACAGAGCCUCAGUGGAGAUAAAACUGUCAGAUCAUCAACACCAAGAAGACUUGAUCAACGCUGUCGAAUCACUGAAAUACAUUGGUAGAACCACCCGGAUUGACAAAGCAAUUGCCAUUGCAACAAAAGAGCUCAUGACUCCAGGAGCUGGGAGAAGAGAAGACAUUCCUGGCGUCUUGGUAAUUCUGACAGACGGAAGACAAACACCUGACUCAGACACCACACCCUUAGACGAGUCUUCUUCAAGUUUGGAAAAGUUAGGUGUCAAGACAAUAGUGGUUGGAAUUGGUAAACUGGCAGAUGAGAAAGGUCUCCAGAAGCUGGCAGGCCGAAAUAAAGACGUUUUUCACGCUCCUUCUCUGGAACUGUUACCAAAUGUUGCGCAGUCAGUGGCUACAAGUAUAUGCGAAGAAGCAGGUAUUUACAGAAUAGAUUUUAUGAUAAAGAAUCAUAAAAAUUAGAACACUAUCAAAAAUCAUGUGUUUGAGAAGGCUGCUAUCCUAGGGGGUAGUGGGGCAACAUUAUAUUUUGAACUCUUAUUACGGAAUUUCUGGUUUCUUGCAUAUCCACCUAGGUUUUUUUUUUUUUGAGGAGGUACUUUUUUGAUUACGAUAUCACCCUUUAUCCUAAAUGUCCUUAUUUAUAGCGAAAGACCAAACCAGGGGGAACACUAGGAUUGAGUGGCAUUGCAUCCAGCGCGUGGGAAAACUAAUCGCAAGUUGUCGCAACGCCAUUUUGCAAUUUUUGAAACAGAGAACAUGUCAGGGCCCGCGGAGCAGUUUUGAGAUCCGGCGAUCCACCUCUUUUGAAGUGUAGUUGGACGGGAGGGGUUGUGGACUUUAAAGAUGGUUUACCUGGUGCCGAUUCAAUAUUUUUUAAUACAGUUACAACUCAUCAAGCAUUUUUUUAAUAGUUUAGCAAACGAAAAAGGAGUUAGUAACAAACAAAGGGCAACCAUGCACAGCAGCACCAUAAUUUGCCCGUGUUUCAUUUACUUCAAAAGUUUGUCCGUUUUCUCCUUGCGCGUGUCUAGAAGCUUUCUUUAAUCAUCGUUGAACGAAGCCGUGUUUUUAACCUUCGAGCUGCCGAAAAGGACCUUUUCCUGCUGUGAUGGUUGCAGAAUUUACCACCAGAAGCUUUCAGAUCCAGACAAUUUCAUUUAUCAUGCUCUGCUGAAUGUAAUUCUUGAAAAUUCUUCAUGCUGUCUACAGUGUCAUCGAGUUCAAUUUGUUUUAAGAAAUCGUGGCUACGUGAAGAUUUAAGAAGCUUGAUAAAAAAAAUCCAUUGUUUGUGCAUACAGUACAUCACCUGGCUGUUGAAAACGCAGAAGUCUACGACUAGGUGCAGUUUUGUAAAGAUAGUCGUUUUGAGGCUUACCAUACGAUUGAGGAUCGAAAUGGACCAAUCACAAAUUUGAAUGCUUCGGUGAGGUCCGCCAGUCUUAUAUUCUUAUUCCAUCAAAUGAUUCCUUUUAUUUGAAAUGUGUUUCUUAAUUUUUUUUUUUCAAAAAUUGGGGGGAGGGCGCGGCCCCUCCAGCGCCCCUCCUCCUCUGCGCGGGCCUUGCAUGUUAUAUAUAACUUCUGCCUCAAACCUGUAGCACAGUCUCAUUUUAUUGAAUUUAACACUGUGACCAUUGCAACUCACUCUGUUCCCUUGAUAGCACCGCAAUCCUGUGAUGUUUCACUAGACGUUGCCAUUUUAGUGGAAUCAUCCGCGAACGUUCCACCGAAUAACUUCCAGAACAUGAAGGACUUUAUCAAGGACACAGUGAAAUAUCUCUUGGUCUUUGAAGGCGAACAACAGGUUUCAAUCAUCUUGUAUGGCAGCCAGGCAGCAACACGAGUUGCGUUUGGCCAAUACCACUCCGAGUUUGAUUUUAUAAAAAUAAUUGACAGUCUUCCGCUCCAGAAAGGACUAGCGAGACUUGACAAAGCCCUUCAAUUCGUCUCUUCCCAAGUCUUUACAGCCAAAGGAGGUGACUAUAUGAUUGCAUUAGUGUAAUAUAACACCUUUAGAAGGUUUCUUGUGUGUUGAUGACAUUUGCAAUUGAAUCGUUAGUUACCUUAGAAUUUCUCAAUAUUAAGGGUUCCUUUUUCAAAGAAGAGAGUCCUGUGGCUUAGCUGAUUCCCAUGUCUUAUGGCCAAACGUUUCUCAAAGCAGGACGAAUUCAAUCUCUCCAUUGCUACCUUCGGAAGGAAUCCUCAUAUCCUAUUACGAACCAUGAGACAUUAACUCGCGCUUUCGCAAAACACAUUCACUUUGUUAGCCCUUUAGUAAUUUUCUUUAUUAUCUAACCGUUUGGAAUACGGAGCAAAAUACAAGAAAAACACGAAAUGUGAACAUAGAGCAGAGGAUUACAGCAGAGAGUGCAAGAAAGUAGACACCUAAACCCCUUGGCAAACUUAACAUUAGAACAAAUCACUUAACAAAAUGAGAAGAGGGAGACUCGCCUAACCCCUAAGGGAGAGAGGCUUAACACCUAGGUUACGGCCAGAUAUUCAGGAAAUAAAUGAUAUACUUUCGUUCUUAUUCCAUUAAUUUGUCGGCAUGAUUAGAACAUUUCGCCGUGUUUUCAUGUACAUAUUUGUUACCCUGUUAUGUUUUCAGGAGCGCGACCAGGAGUCCAGAAGGUUUGUAUAGUCCUUACAAAUGAGCAACGACCUAGCAAGAGAUACUCUGAUGAUGUUAAGACUGCCGUAGAACCGCUUCAUCAAGCAGGGGUACGGGUCAUAGCGAUUGGGGUUACGUCGUUAGCGGAUUGGAGGCAGUUACGCGUCCUCACCAGAGACCCUAAAGAUGUAAUUAGGUCACGUUCCUGUGAUAGUCUUGUGGCCAAAGUCAGUCACCUUUUCCGGCGGACCUGUUAUAAAGCAGGUAAGCAUCUGAUCCGUAAUAGGCUGCACAGGAUACUAACUGAUUGCAGGAAAGCCAUCAUUACUACAAACGCGAUGGUCAACAUUUGUUUGGUUAAAUCGUCUGCUAAUGAGAAAGAUAUUUUGUUUUUUGUGAACAUAUCAGAGGGCUUAUCAUAAUAGUUUUAACUUAAUUUUGGAGCUUAGAAAUAUCCCUUUCUAAGAUUUAAAAAAGUUAAUCUAGUUUGUUAACCCACAAAGCCCUUUAGGGCCUUUUUAAGACUGAUUUUGAAUUUUGAACUGCUGGGUAAAACUAGAGUGUCCCCACAAAAGAUCUGGCCCCAGUUGUUCAAAAGCUGAGUAGCGCUAACCACCGGAUAAAUCUCUAUCCAGUGGAUAGUACAAUUAGCGCUAUCCAACGUUUCAACAACAGGGUCCAGCGUUUUAGCGCGGGUAUUAAUAGUGAAGUUAACCUUUUCACGGCUUAAAGUGAAUAAUGGAGUCUUGUAAGUUGGUUCUAACUUUAACGACCGAGGAAAACACCUUACCCUGAAUCCAUUCAAAUAAAAAGUCUUUGACAGCACUUUCUUAUGGUACUAAGAGUGUACUAUGGUUGUUUUGCUUUUUAAAAACUGAUACUUUUUUUCUCCUUUUCUUUAAGCCUACAGACAAUGUGAUGGCAUAGGAGACGUGAUUUUUGCGGUCCAUUCUCCUGAUGGCCUAAGUCCUCUAAACUACCGAAAAGAAAAGGAAUUCGUCAAACGGGUUGCAAUAACGUUAAACAUUGCACCUGGUAAAAGCCGGGUAGGAUUGAUUCUGUACAGUAAUUUUGCCACAGUUAGCGCCGAACUUGGAGAUAAAUCUACCCUGGAAUUGUUUAAUAAUCUCGUUGACGGCCUACCGCAGAAAAGUGGAAAGACACGAAUUGACAGGGCUUUGAAACUUGCGUUUUCGCUCUUCCACACUACUGGUGCUAUACGACGGGCUGUUCCAAAAAUUUUGAUCUUAUUAGCAAGUGAAAAACAGACGUUAGUUCCAGAAGUAUCGAAUCUCAAAGACGCAGCACAUCCGCUUCAUAAAGCUAAUAUUAGGAUACUAGCCGUAGGAAUGGGUCAAGGGUUUGAAGAAACUGAUCUACGCACCGUUACUCGUUCUGCUAAGGAUGUUUUCCUGGCACCGUCAUUUGAAGAUCUCUUCAGUCUAAGCAGCUCUAUUUCGAAAAUCACUUGUGAGGCAGCAAGUAAGUUGUUGAAAAUUCUCAAAAUAUACUUUAGGGAAAAAUUGUAUUACCCUAAGUGGUUCAAAUACGAGGACGAAAAAUUAUUCGUCUUGUUCUAGCACAAAAUAGUGAGCCUCAGUUUUCUUUUUGGUACAUCAUCAAGGAGUGACCCCUGCUACCAACGUGUCUAUAUUACAUGCCUGACAGCGAUCUUACAAGUAUACCCAAUUUGUACAUGACUAUGCAUUCUUUGAUUUUCAGAACCUCCCAUUUGCUCUGAGCCAAUAGAUGUCGCUUUCCUAGUGGAUUCGUCAGGCAGCAUCGGCGCAGCUGACUUUGAAAUGCAAAAAGCUUUCAUUAAAGCGGCAGCCGGUACGUUACCAAUCGAAAAGGGUAUAGCUCAUGCAGGAUCAGUAGUCUACAGUGAUAUAGCAACGGUUCAGCAGUCUUUUGACCAAUGCAACGGAACCAAGUCCGUCAUGCAAGCUAUAGAUCGCUUGCCUUACUAUGGACGAACCACACGAAUAGAUCGAGCUUUAUCGCUGGCGAACACGGCCAUGUUUAGUGCCGCGGGAGGAUGCAGAUCUCACGCGGCGAAGGCACUUCUGUUGUUAACGGAUGGAACGCAGACGCCCGCGCUUGACUCCAUUGCUUUGGAGCAGGUGGUUAAACCACUUAAAGGUAAAAAGGUGGCAAGACUGGCCUUGGGUAUUGGAAAGAAAGUGAGCGCUUCAGAGCUACGCAGGGUAGUAGAUAAAGAUGACGACGUCAUGACGGUUGACAGCUUUGACGACCUGCUCUCUUCUUUACAUCUAGUAUCAAAGAAAAUAUGUUCAAGCGCAAGUGAGUAAUUAACCGUUUGCUCAAACCCUUGGAAAAAGAUAGCCAAAGCAAAAGUCCGAAAAAGAAUAAGAAAUAUUGUUUGUAUAUAAGUUGUGAGUGAUGAUAUGAACACCUAGUAGCUAGAGAAACUUUUGUAGCAAGAGAAACCUCACCUUUUGUGCCGUCUUUUGGCAAAUUGAACUUCACUGGACGCAAGAAAGUUUUACAUUAAUGUUGUUUUAUUAUCAGUAGUCAAAAUUGUACCCCUAAAGACAAAUUAAACCCUUAUUGGAAGACUUACUCUUCCUCAGAAUAAAAUAAUGUUUUAUUUUAAAACUUUUCGUAUAUAAGUGAGCGCCUUAGCGUAAUCUCACCAAAUAAAAAUGUAUGACCCUUUUAACUCAAGUACUAGUGCCGUGUAACUUAUAAAAGAUUUAUUUUGGUAGAGAUAAAGAAGUGCUCAACACCUGUGGAUAUCGCUUUUCUUCUGGAUUCUUCGGGAAGCAUAGGAGAACGGAGCUACCAAAAGAUGAAAGACUUUGUGAAAAAAGUUGCUGACGCCUUCGUUAUUGGACCGAGUACAACUUGUGCAGGUGUAAUAAUCUUCGGUUCGAGCGCAACCACUGCCGUUCGCUUUGCUGAUGCCACGAACAAUACCGUUUUCAAUGCAGCCGUUGACGCCUUACCGUACAUGCGAGGUGAGACACGUAUUGACAAGGCUCUUCAGCUGGCGUCUGCUGAGCUGCUUAAUCAUCCUAGUGGGGCUCGUGUGGGAGUGGCUAAGGUAGUGAUAGUGCUUACAGAUGGAGGACAGUCAAAGGCGCCGUAUGCUAUGGAUAUUCAAAAGGCAGUAGCCCCUCUUCUAUCUGCUGGUAUCCGGAUUUUUGCCGUGGGGAUUGGAAAGGAUGUAGAUGACAGACAGUUACGGCUGAUGGUUGAUGACAAAGACGAUGCCAUUAUGGUUCCAUCGUUUGAUGGACUCUCCGUACACGCGCGUCAACUAUCGAUAGCCACUUGUGAAAGUUCAGGUAAGCAUGUCAUAUUAGUCUCCUUCCCAGCCGCUCGGUUGGAUGACUCCGGCCCGAACGGCUGCGAAGGAGACUGGUCACAUAUGUACCAAGAACUCCUUACUUCGUGUUAGCCUGUAAGUUCGACUAUCUCACCAAACCUAAAUCGAAUCUUGGAUUAGGUUAUAUUCUACUGUACUGCUUGCAGUCGUUCUUAGAGAAGACGAGAGACAGUCUGAACGGUUCUGUUAAUCAUCCCUGGCUUUUGUUGUGAUAUUCGCAUCACAUAAUAGUACGAAUAAGCAUAUAUUUCCGACACAUUCUCGCAUUUCCUGGUAUGACCGAAGCUGCUGAUGUUCUUACAAGCAUAGUCAUUGUUCUCUCACUACACUGUAUAUCAGUCACUUUUUCAAAACAUAUCCUUAUUAAUUAUCAGUAACAGGCCUAACGUUGCCAAAUCCUCUCUCUCGAAACAAUAAUCACCUUAACCAAAUCAUUCGAAUAUCUGUCAUCAACUUCUGCCCACAGAAAUCGACCCCUGUGAUAACACAAUGGACGUGGCGUUCCUGUUAGACUCUUCUGGUAGCUUGACACCAACGCAGUUCCAACAGAGCAAAGAUUUCAUCGAUCUUUUGGCAGCUUCGUUUCUGAACAGCAAAGUCGGAAGUCGAGUAGGUCUUAUUCAGUUCAGCAUUGUCCCCAAGAUCAAAGUGUGGUUUUCGGACCAAUUAACCCAUGAACGGUUUCAAAGUGUACUGCGAAAAGUCCGAUAUCAAGGAGGGUACACGCGGUUGGAUCGUGCUCUAAUGCUGGCAGAUGAAAAACUCUUUACGGGUAAAGAAGGCGUUCGAAAGCACAUUCCAAAGAUCAUGAUUGUACUCUCAGACGGCGUUAACACAGACGCCCCCGACGCCGUCGUAUUUGACGCAGCAGUCGCACCGCUUCAUCGUGCUGGGGUGCGUGUGUUCGUGGUUGCAACUGGAAACGAAGAAGGCAGGGACAAUCUUUACUUGCUCACCCAGCGAAAAAAGGACCUGUAUCGCACAGAGACGUACGAUGAUCUGGCUCUUCAGCUGCGUAAAAUAUCAAGGGACACCUGCGAAAGUGGAGGUAAUCAGAGAUGCGUGACUUUUGUACAGAGCAAAAUAGGGGGAAACUUUUAACAAUUCGGCCAGUAAGAGUGAGGAGGGGUGUUUGAAGAAUAAACUUGGAUAGUCAUUUAUUUGUUUAUUUUUAAUUUAUUAUUGUUGUUGCUGCUGUUGAAAACAAAAAACACAGAGCAGCGAGAUUUGAAGCCAGUAUAUUAUUGCUGAGUCCUUCCUUUAGCAGUGAACGAUACGUUAUCUUAAAAAACCAAGUCCAAAACCAAAAGAACCGGUAACUUUUAAGCGAUUCCUUUCUCUGCUCGGGAAAGUGCUUCUUAGCGUCAAGUAGAAAUGUGAUUGUAUGGAAUUUGGUGCGACAUAUUAUCGUCUUUUCUAUUAAAUGUUUGGUUGAAGUUAUUGAUAUAAGCGGCUUUAAGUUAUUUGUGAGAGUAUGGGGCUAUUUUCUCGCAGUCAUCUUACAGUUAACUCAUUAACUGGCUAAAAGUUUUGUAUUUAUCACAGUGGCGGAUCCAGACCUUCAGAUAAGGGGGGGCGGUCAUCCAGACCCUGAGAUAAGGGGGGCCUGGUCUCCAAAAACCUUUUUUUCGGCCCUUCGGGCCUCAUUUUGGUCGAAAAAUUAAGAGGGCGGCCCCCCGGCCCCCCUGGAUCCGCCACUGUAUCAUUAUUAUCAUUUGGUAUUCUUACUGUAUUCAGUCUAAUCUUUUCCGUUUAAUUAGCUCUUCCCAGAUGUGAGCAAGUCAUGGAUGUAAGUUUCAUAAUUGACUCAUCCGAAAGUGUUGGUUUGAAAAAUUACCACAAGUUGCUUGACCUCGUUCGCAACAUUGCAAAAUCGUUAGAGAUUUCACCAACAGGAAGCCACGCAAGUGUGGUCAUCUUCAGCGACACCGCGAGAGUGCAAAUAAAGUUGGACGACCACGAAGAAAUCCUGGAAUUUAAUAAAGCGCUUCGAGACGUCCCGUAUCUAGGCCGAAAGACGCGGAUUGACAAGGCUCUGAGGGUUGCAACAGUCGGCGUGUUUAACAGCAGAUCUGGUAUGAGAGCGGGCGUUCGCAGAGUUGCUGUGAUAUUGACGGAAGGUCCCCAAACUAGAACGUUCGAUUCUAUUCCGCUCAGGUACGCGGUUGAGCCAUUGAGACGAAAGCGUGUAAAAGUGUUUGCCGUUGGUGUUGGCAACGAUGUGCGUUACGAUGAACUGAGGUCGCUCACAGACAGUGAUCAAAAUGUGCUAAUGGUGAAAACAUUCCAAGGACUCUUCAGCGUUGCAGAAGAGCUGAGUAACAAGAUGUGUCGAGGUAUGCCUCUUACAGGGUAGUCAAUAAUCGGAAUAGACGUUAUAUCCCCAAAGUCCAAUGAGAACUACCACUAUCUUGGUCUUCCCAGCUCUAGCUAACAGAAAAAAGCUUCGAACCCCAAUGUGCAUGUGUACACGUGAAGAAAUUUUGGUGGGGAUGUGCGGUAACAAAGGUUAACACAAAUUUUCCGCCUGUACUCUUAUUGACCAUAGAAGUGUCAAAAUGUUAAAAACUCAAGUGAAGCAGUUAAGUGUCUCCACUACUGUUUCCACCAAGUUUUAAAGAUUUUGACGUCAUUUCUAUGGUCGAAAAUAGUGUUGUCCGUGGAAAAGCUGUCGUCGAUCUCUUUUCAGUAACACUGACAGUUUUCUCUUUCUCGCGAAAAAGAGAACACAAAAAAGAGAAAACAAAUUGCGCCACCAUCACGUCAUUUCCAUGGUCUGUACUCUUAAUGACCAUAGCUCUCGACCAAUCAGAGCGACAAAUCCCUCAGUCAUUCGUAAAAGUUUAAUUUUGUCUACCUAUUUCUCGCCUGAACCGUUGUUCUCAAGAGACAAGUCAGCAAAGAAAACAAUUCCAGACCGCGGUUCCAGAGAGCAAAAAGCUGGAGAUGUGUCCCGGAAAAAAUUCACGAUGAAUCCGUUUUGAGCGACGCAUGUUAACGGAAAAUGAACGUUUUACAUUCUUGGGUGCGUCAAAACGGUUAUUUUCCAUCGUUUAUACUCUUAUCGACCAUAUAAAUGAUUUCUUAAAGUUUAAAACUUUGUAGUGAAAGCAUUCGCCUGCGGCUCACGUUUCCUUUUGAGCCCUCAACAUUUUGACGUCAUUUCUAUUAUCUUGUCUAUAAGAGUGUAGACCAUUAAUAUGUGUUGUCGAUUUGUUAAAUGUUUUUCUUCAACAGAAGCACUUUCAUAUUGUGGGCCCCGUAUCAAUUCUUUAGAGGAGGCUAACAAGCCUAAAUGGUUUUCUGUUUAUAGUUGGAGACUGGGUUGUUAAAUUUUGCGUUAAUGUUUUACAUUUUUCAGCGUAACAGUUGUAUGCGCUCACGAUGUUUUCUUUUCCUUUCAGGAUAAAAGACGAGCUGUGGUCUCAAAAUAUUUAUAACACGUAAACAAGAAUACAAGCGAGCACUGUAGCGUAAACUUAAAAUAACUAGUGCUUUGCAACAGACGAAGAUACCACAGUGGAAACGCAUAACGCGUAUACACAUUUAAGAUGGGAAUUAUACCAAGACGACAAGUCUCAAACGAAGUCAAAAUGGAAAGCUUAAACAUUGCCAUUUUAAAAAUUAAAAUAAAUUAUUAAAGAGUUUAUUAAGUAAGCCACACAGAACCAACUAGAAAAAGUGCCUCUUAGAAGGUAAAUUAUAUUUAUAAGCUUUUUUGUUUUGCGAUGUAAGCUUGAACCCGAGGUAUUGUUAACUGUUAUCCGAACAAACUAAUUUUACAUGUUGGUAAAUUGAAGUAGUUGCUUACCAGAAGUUACAUACAAUGGGAAAUUAUGAAUUAUGAAAAUAGCACAACUCAUUGUAGGUAAGAUUAACACUGAAGCUACCUGUGCAGUAAUUGGGUCUUAGUGUUUGAAUAGAGUCUGCGACGCUAAAGGGUGUGGUUUUGGAGCCCUUUAAGCUACAGUAAAACCGGGGCAACAAAAGACAACUUGUUUUGCAACUUUCCUUCAAAACAAGUUGAAUAGCAAUGUUGCACGUUUUACCCCCGACGUCCGAACCUGUCUUGUAACAAAUAAGGUUCCAAUUUUAUUGGCUGCUAAGAAGCAAAAAUAAAACCAGUCGCUUUUUUGUUACUCGUUUUACCGUAACUUCAAGCUUGAACUGGGAACCUUUCACCUUUGAAAGGGGAUAUGGGUUUGUGUUAUCAAGAACACGAGUCAUGGAUUAGGUUCAUUUCAUUAUUCGCCUCUUGUAAAAUUCAGUUCUCAUUAGGUUAGAACUGAGUUAGAAUAAAUUGCAGUUUUUGCCCGUGAAAAUUUUCUAUCACACACCACACCCUUGUUUUCUCAGAAUGCCCCACCCCUGGUCCCCUCGAAUAAGAACAAUAACAGCAUGUUGGUUUUUAAACAUGAUAAUACCUUCAAUAACGCCAAAUACCUUCUUGAACCGUCUGACCUUUGAUAAUUCCCAAAGUGAUGAUAUGUUAUUAUCUUUAUGGUAUCAUGAACGAAGAGCUCUGAUAGAAAACGUGUAAGGGGUGAAAAAGGAGUAAAAUUUGAAGGUUUGUAUGGGAACCGUGAUAGCUGUAGAUUUAUAUGAGCGCAGUAAUCUGAAUAUUCGAGGGUAUCGCUAAUGAUAAGCCACAAAAGAUAUCCCUCUCUCCCUUUGGUUGUUUCUUCCUUAGUGUAUUCGGGGAAGGGGUGGUUCGCUUUCCUCCACUUUACUUUGACCAAGGUUGUAGCCGGCCAACAAGAAGUAUGCAGAGACGAAAACGAGUAGACAAUGCCUUACCUACCCUCUGUUUUCUGUUAAAUUUCGCUUGCGUUUAAUCAUUUUUGCUUCUUUAGAACCCCGUCGGCCUCUAUGCUUGUCUACAAACCGAGUUUGUAGGUUUCUUAACGAAGCUCGCGGGCCGGGAAGAAUUUGAUAAAAUUUUGUGAAAAAUUUAAUCCUGACUGUGUCAAUGUCUUUGAUUCUUAUGACCUCCCUGGUUGAUUACGCAUUGAUACCACAACAAAAAACAUGGCUUUAUUCACUAUUGGAGAUUUAAUUAUAUUAGGUUAUAAAGAGGAGCGAGCACGCGAUACCCUUUCCACCAGGGAGUCUAAAUUGUGCAAUAAAAACAAAAAAAAAUUGUUAUUAGUAACUCUCCUUUUAAAAAAAGAGGGCGUAAGUUUUAGGCAAUGAAACAAGCAUACAGUAUAUGUUUUCUGUGCGUGGUUAUAUGUUUUCUAAAGGUGCAGUGGCCCGAGGGCAUAGAAUAAUCUUUUUAUGGGAGGAACAAAUUUCAACGCCCCCGUUUGAAAUAUAUCUCGGUCACGUAUUAACUUAGUACAUAAACAAAAUGUUUCUUUCUAAUGCUCUCAACAUUUCACGCCUUUAACAGCAUAUUUUAUUCUUCCCAAGUAAAUUUCAUUCACUGAGUGGAAUUUGCAAAAAAUUAUAGACUUCAAGAUGGAAAAGAAAGCUCUCAGAAACACUACCUCGACACUCACAAACGCUUCCGGGAACUAAGAUUUUUGCAACUCCCGAUUUGCUAAAUAUUUUCGCCUAAGACAUGGAAUUUUUUAACUAGUAUCUCCGCGUCCCAGUUUUACUCUCUUCGCGCCUCCUUUCGCGCUACGUUUUAGCCGUUAGUUCCAUAACCUAAGCUGGGGAUUUACAAAAACAAAUUCUGACCUUUUUCUAGAAAUAUCCCUCAUCCGUUGCCAUGUUUUUUCGAAACUUCCUAUACCUUCCAAAGCCCUAGGAGUCUUCGGAAGCUUAAAACAAUUUUAUUCAUUUAGUAAAUUCUCUGCUGAGGAAACAGAUAAUGCUUAUCCCACUUAUUCCGAAAAUAACUGAACCGCUGUUAGUUCCGCGGGUCAGUUUUCUGGACUUUUCGGAAGCCAUAAAACAAUUUCAACACUUCAAACGACUCCCCAAUGAUCUCAACACCUCCUUCCGAUUUGUCCCGAAAAAAGAGAGAUUAUUCUUUCCGACGAUUAAUUUUAAGUUUCUUCAAGUUUGUUACAUUUGUUAAGCGGCUUUCUUACAGUAAAUUCAAUUAUCACCGGACAUUUAACCGUUCCUUGUCAACCUUAAACACAGCAAAUGAACUUAUAUUAAUCAGUUGUAACGGUCCAGUCUCAAAAGAUCGAGAGAAGUUGGUAUGUUUUUAUAAUUCUAAAAUAAGCAACACUCGGCUCUUUUUGCAUAAGAAAUGACAUAAUAUAUGUAUUUGAAAAAAUACAGACAAUCUACUUAACGCAGGAAGUGUUGCUUGACUUGGCUUGAUCUUGUUUUAUAUACUGCUGCUCUUUUUUACUAAAAGAGGUAAAUCUUGCAAACUUUUUCAAACUACUCAAGAAGCGCGGAAAACAAAGCAGAUUUCAGACGGUUUUUGUGUCUUAGUUCCCAUGCGCACUCAAGUAUUCGUUUGCCUUAAAGAUUCUUAAAAAAAAAUUAAUGAUUUAACCUCGCUCCAAGCACAAAACACCUAAAAAGAACAGGUGAUUGCGGUCGAGAUUAGGGUGUGCUUUCAGACGGUCUUGUUGCUGAAGCGAGGCGUGGCCAGUAACUUAUUGAACAAAAAUAUUUUUAAAUCCGACCACAGGCGGGAAAAAAAUUCGCACUAAGACGGAAACUAAUUGAAACUUACAAAGCCAUUUCUUACUUUUAAGGUGUUUUGUAGCCGACAAAGGAAAUGUUCAAAAUAGUAAAAAUGUUUACUUUUCGCGACAUAUACGACGUAACAAGGAUCGUAUUUUUCUCCCCAAUGUUCAUCAAAAAAUCAGAUUUAACACUUACAGGUAUUUUAACCUCGAGUGGUUUUAACUUUGUAACGUGACUAAAUCAAGGACUGCAAACACGAGAGCCGAGAGCCUUCCUUCGUGUGAACUAAACAAAUAAAAUAAUUGCGUCCUGUUUUCCAGUCGUGCGUGACAUGCCAUCAGUAAGCCAAUCUAGUGCUGUGAAAACACCCCACGCGGAAGCCAUUUGUUUUCGUCAUUGACCAACCUAUCGAAUCCUAUUUCUUUAUUCCAUGAAUGCAGAGGGCCCUACCAUUCUGCCCACAUUAUGAACUCGUGGAGAUUACCCAUUGGAAUUUCAAUCAAAGUGGGAUUAUUAAGUAUAAACUGAAGAGUAAUCAAGUUCACUCCAGCAAAUGAGCAUUGCACUGCAGAGGGGAGUAAUGCGUAUCAGCCAAUCACCGGCAAACAAAAUGACGAUUUUAAAUGGUUUUGGGCUAUGUCUCUUUACGUUCUUCGCAGUUGUACAUACGGAAGAGGUUUAUAGAGGUAAGUCAAACAGUGCUUGUUUUUUGUGAAAUGAUAGUACGUAAGAACAAAAAUAAAACAGAUAACUCUCUAAAUCUUUGAUAAUAAUAAACUACAUGUAUAAUAAUUAAAACUGCCAAGUACGAGAUCCUAACUUUACAAUCACUAAAUAAGCCCAUUUAUGUCGAUCAUACCGUAAGUAUGUUUUUUUAGCCCUCAAUCUAGUUCUUUAUGCAACGUAUGCAAGAUCUUAUUCGGAAACUGUUAUUUGUUGAGUUAAAAUGUUAGUGAAUUAUAUUUAGUAAUGCUCAUACCUGAAUAACUUUCAAGUAGUCCGCCAAUAGAUUUUAUUUUUCAGGAGUCAGUUAUUGGUAGCUGGAUAUGGAUUUUAUUAAGAUGUGAUCAUGAAUUAUAUCUUAAUGAUCUUCUUUUGAGUCACUUCACCUCAUUAAAUCAACCUUACCCUCACUGAAAUUUCCUUUCGCAUCAGUUUAUGAAAUAAGAAUUUUUAUUAAUAGUGAAGUUCGUGAGAAAACCAUGAUACGAAAGACAAUGAAAUAAUUAAAUUUCAAUAAAGGGAUUAACUCAAUAGCAGAAAAGAAAGAAUGAUGGCAAUGACGACCAAUCGAAAGAUAAUUUAACAAUUUUCACAGCACGGACAAUUCACGCUCACAGUUCAUUGUUCUUUUAGUAUUUUCUAAAAAAAAAACGUCACAGCUUUUUGCUGAUAUUUUUCCAUGAAUUAUGGUCUCGUUGUGAUCAACGGAGAAAAAACCCUCCGCAAGGAGAUAACACGAAUUUUUCUAAUUUAUUCGAGAAACUGAAAGCGACAAUGUAUAGUCUUUUAACUUUUACAAAUUAAGGAGAGUAGAAAUGUUUAUUUAGUUUUGUAGUUUUUGUGCUCUGUUCGUAAAGUUAAAGGUGAAACACAUGCCGAUUUAAUCCGCUCUUGAAUGAUGCCUUGUCUCAAGUUCUUCGAUCCAAUCCGGGACUUUCCUGAAAUACAACUGUGGAAAACAUGAUAAACCUUCCACUUUGCCUCAUUCUCACUUAACAAGACAUUGCUAAAAAUAUUUUUCUAAAUGAUCAUUAUAUCAGAACAAUUAACCUUAGACUCGUUGAUACGGUGUAUCAAUUGACUAUAAGUUUCCCCGAAAAAAUUUGGGUACUUUGGCAGUUUCAGUAUUUCAUCUUGACAAAACCAACUGACAAACCUUGUCGGGUUUAAACCUCAGGCUUAUGAUGGGUUCUCUGAACAAAUAGAGCGGUUUUAAAAAGCCAGUCAUAAAAACUAAAACGCGAUUCAAAAUCUGGUGAAGCAAGGAAAGAGAUCGGUGCAUGCGUGUUAAGCACAGUAAACAAAAUCACUGUCAUCAUGGUCAUAAUAAUGAAUACAAAACUAUUGUUGUGCACCAAAACGCGGCUUAGAAAAUUCAGUGAACGCGUUAGGGGCUUUGAAAAAUUGCUACGGUCCCGUCUAAGACUUAACAGUUUUUGGUUUUGCGGCUCACUAGUAAUUUUAAUUAACGGAUGUGUGAAUGUUCACGCCUAAAAAAUGAACAGAAAUACUUUUGUGCUAAUAAGGAGAGGAAAUGGAGAAAAUGUUAAACUUUAACACUUGGAUGAACUUUUUAAAUUUGAGUGACUGAAGUCUGGACCCUCCCGAGUCUAGAAUACCUGAGCUUCCCUUAGCCAUUCGAUACAUUCAUUGAACGUUUUGCUAAGUUGAAUGUCUCACAUGAUCUUCUUGUCGGACAUUUGUAGCUCUUUGAAAUUUCCCACUGUUAUUUUAUUAAUUGUAUUCGCAAUACGCGAAAACUCCGCCCUUUAAAAAAGUACGUUGUCUUUGGUUUGCAAUAUUCCCCUGCGGAUAUCCAUUGUUUUGUUAAAUUGACACGAAAUGUAAGCAUAUAUCAAAGGGAAAUUUGCACUAUUUUUGUCUGAGUAUUGAAUGCUGCGUGAUGAAGAGGGUAUAUUAGUGCCUACGGAAAAUUAAUUACAGUUACUGUUUUAAAAAGAAUUUUUGCGGCUCGUCGAAUCACUUGUUAAGCAAGUGACAAUUCGAUCUAGCAAAAUCACGCUGUUACUUCAGACUUCAGCUUUAUUCUUUCCAAGUAUUUGGAUUUUUUUCGUUUUCCCUGCCAAACUCAAUAUUGUGGUUGUAGUGAAAUAGUUGGACUGGAUUUGAAAUUCAAGCCUGCCAUUUUCUAUUUAUCAUAAUUAUACGCCUUGAAGGCACUAUUCAGGGAGACAUCCCGGGGAGACAUCCAACGCGAGAGUCACAGAGAGUUAAAGUAUUGAAACUAGAGUCGAAAAUGAACAAACUGAAACCAGCCAGCGAGGUCUGAGGUCUCUUUUGGAGAAAAGCGGUGUUCAUUUGGCUAUAUUUCUUACUGAAAAUUUCUGGUUGAUUUCACACUUUUCCGAACAAAUCAGGAAAAUUUUUUCAUAAACUGAAUUAAGACCAAGUCAUUACACAUGAUAUUCUAUACUAUUCAACUAUAGCCUGCAUGGUAGGCGUUUCAAAGGGAAGGAAAAAGGGGAAAAGGGGGUGCGGGAAGGAACCUUCCUCGCGUGCCUUGAGUCCUCAUGCCCUGAUUUCCCUCCUCGGCUUCAAACCCCUACCACGCAGGCUAAAAUUUUGCUGAUAUAUUAUUUAUGAUUAUUUAUUCAUAUUCAGAACUACAAUUGUAGUUUUUUUACUUUUAACAUAUCUAAGUCCAAAAAACGUAAUUAAAUAGAGGCAAAACCUCAGAGACAAACCAGUGAGAUAGCCGGAGUUUAUAUGGACCAAGAUCAGUAAAACUUAGUCUUUAAAACACUGAGUACAAGAACAUAAGGAAAAAUCAAAUAAUACAGGAUAUCUGCCUACUUUUUCAUUUGAUUUUUCUCUCUCAAUCAUCUUGCCGUAAGGAUCAGUUUACUUUUUUUCUCUUCAUAACCUCUGUCAGAGAUGGCCUUCAUCUGAUCUUAGGUUACUGAUUUGUAUAAAUGUAUUUCUUCAUUUCGAUUUGUUGCAAUUUUCCUCAGAACAAUGUUCCCAGAUAUCAGACGUGGUCUUCGUUGUGGACUCCUCGGGAAGCAUUGGAAGGAGAAAUUUCAAAAGAGAAUUGCAAUUUGUCAAACAAGUAGCGUCCACGUUCAAGAUGGGACCCAAACAAUCACAGAUUGCUGUAAUCUCAUACAGUGACGACGCGAAAGUGGAUAUCAGAUUUGGCGAAUACUCCAACGUCAACGACUUCAACGCUGCCGUGGACCUAGUAAAACAUCAGCGACAACGAACGCGCAUUGACAAAGCUCUCCAUCUCGCAAACACCCAGGUGUUUACACAAGACGGAGGUGCAAGGUCUGGUAUCGCUAAAGUUAUGGUUAUAUUAACAGACGGCAAACAGACUGUGACGUCAGAUUCUAAAACGUUAGACGUGGCAGUGCGUCCUUUGCAAGAAAAAAACGUUACUGUUUUUGCUGUUGGUGUUGGCAAAGCUAUUGACAUUACUGAGCUGUUGCUGUUGGUUGGAGGCAAUGGGAAUAAUUUAUUCAGAGCAGAGAAUUUCGAUGAAUUAACUAAACACAGUCUACAGCUGGCUGCUCAGACGUGUAAGAGAAUCAAGCCUCCCGCAGGUAAGAAAAAUUGAAGAAAACCUUUUUUCUGGUUUUGUUACACAGUGGAACCUCUAUUCAGGGGACACCCUCGGGACCAAGGCAAGUGUUCCCUGAAUAGAGGUAUCCAAUGAGUGGGGUUGGGUUUAUUUAUUAAUGAUACACUGCGUUAGUUGCGACGUAAUUUAAAGCUUUCAAUUUCAUUAUAACCAACGACUGACGGAUUCCAUUCACAUUUAGACCGGUUUUCUGAUGAAGUUUUGCUCAGUUUUAUGAAAACUCAUACAGUGGUAAAGUUCAUGUUAAUCUGGAAAUUCCAGUGGUGUGGCCGUUUAAAGUAAACCUCUAAAGCAGUGCUUUUAUGCCACAUAAUUAAGUUUUUAAUAUUUUACAAAAUUCGCUGUCAGUAUUUUUUUUGUCCUGAUUUCAGUAAAAAAAAGUAUUUUUUGUUCUUCCCGUUCAACUUUUUUAAUACUUUGACUUAAAAACGCGUCCUAUCCCUAAUUUUUGUUUAUAUUCCCCCUUCCUUUUCUCUGUAGUUCACGGCAACUGGUCCGAAUGGGCAGAUUGGGGUGCCUGUUCGCAAUCAUGUGGCACAGGCGUUCAAGGUCGCCGCCGAACUUGUACAAAUCCAACUCCCCGCUAUGGUGGACGGGAUUGUGUUGGUGUUGCGACUGAGAUUCAAAACUGUAACUUAAGAGGUUGUCCAGGUAACAACUUUUCUAGCUUUGUAUGCUUAUAAUAAAAGCAUGCACAUAUAGUUAUUAUAAAAAACACGGUUCAGCAAGAGAAAUUUAUCUCUCUUGAGUUCAGUAAAUCUUCCAAGAGCAGAUUUUUCCAAUUUAUCCUCUCUUGUUAAAACCUCUCGACGUCAACUUAAUUUUUUGUAUUGGGCUUCAUUGUCAAGCUUCAGUGUCAUUGGGCUGUUUAUAAAAAUAAAAUAAAAUGGACUUUUUCUGGUGUUCUGCAGUCUAGUUUCUAAGUUAUGGAGGUCUCAUGAACGUUAGAACGUUAUAAAAACGUUUCUUCGCUUGCACAAAAAUUGAACGAAGUGUCUAUCUUCCAAAUGCAGGAGAUAGACCUGGUGGAAAGAAAACAUCAGAGCCGUGGUCUAGUCGUUAUAACUAGGGCAGUGAAGACAUUAAUGUAAGGUUUUAGCAGAGUUCAUUGCCUACAAAUAUUUUUCUUUAAUCCUAUCGUCUUUUGGACUCAGAUUAACAAAAAUUUUUCUUACGCUCUGACAACAGCAGACAAAUUUUGCAACACGAUCUUCAAGUACAUGCAAGCUUCAUUUCAUAUUCUCUUUCUUAGUUAACGGCUCGUGGAGCGAAUGGAGUGACUGGGGUUCCUGUGGUGUGACCUGUGGUGGCGGUAACCGUAAACGCUCAAGAACCUGCACCAAUCCUUCGCCGGCCAACGGUGGAUUGGAGUGCCCUGGAGCAAGCGAGGAGACUGAAAAAUGCAACUCUAACCCUUGUCCAGGUAUUUACCUUAGAGACCCGUUAAGGGUCACGUUCAACAGCGGAAGGGAAACGUCAAUUUGUUCCACAUGACCAUUUUUUUCCUUUACUAGUGGUUUGCUAUUCAUUAUAUCCACAUAAAAAACAAUUAUCAUGCCCUGUUCAUCCGUAAGAAUAAUUUUGCAAAAUAUUUAUCUGUCCAAUCCCUAAUUUGAGAAUUUGUUAAUCUGUAUCCUGCUUUUACUUUUUCCGAACACGCGUUUCUUAGGGCGCUUUCCAUUUGUCUGAACUGGUCUGCCAGACCAUAGCCAGACCGGUCAUUUUCGUGCAUACUAUAUAGGAUUGACUGAUCUGACUGGAUGGUUUGGAUUAAAAGUAAAAUUCUCAUUAGGACGAGAAGGUCCUGGCCGGUCAGUUCUAACAAAUAAAAAGCGCCCUUAAUCUCACUAUUCACAGGAGCUUUUGGCAUCUGCAUUUACCUCGCAGACGGUUACCAACUGUAAUUAUUUCCAUUUUUACCACAGUUGAUGGAGAAUGGGGUGCCUGGGUAGAAUGGAGCGUCUGCUCUACCUCCUGUGGACUGGGCACUCAGAGAAGAUUCCGGUCCUGUAACAAACCACGCCCAGCCUUCGGAGGACGAGAGUGCACUGGCCCGAAAGAUGAAACACGCAACUGCAGCCAAGGUCCCUGUCCAGGUAGACAUUACAUUGCAUACCGAAUACGAUUAAGAUAGUUGAAAAUUAUUGGAUGUGAUGGAGAAUAUUGUGAUGAAAAUAAAAAUUAAGGCAACGAAUUUUGGAUGUGCUUGAGAAUAUUGUGAAGAAAUUAAAAUUAAGACAACGAAUUUUUUUUACUUACAGUUGAUGGUCAUUGGGGUGCUUGGGAAGAGUGGGGUUUCUGCACCGAAUCCUGUGGUGGCGGAGUUCAAAAGCGAGUAAGGACAUGCAACAAUCCACCCCCUGCUAAUGGCGGCAAAGACUGUCGAGGAACACAGAAGCAGACACGACGCUGCAAUAUACAGGCCUGUCCAAGUAGGUUAUUAAGAUAUUCAUCAAUACUACUGGUUAAUCAUAUUUUCCGUACUUUAAUACAACUGGUAUAUCAGAAAUAGUUUUAAAUGCAUAACCGUCAAAGCCAGUUACUUUUUCAUAUUGCAGUUGACGGUCAAUGGAGUAAGUGGAUAGACUGGUCUGCCUGUUCCCGGACUUGCGGCAUUGGACAGAAAAGACGUUCACGAUCGUGUACCAACCCACCACCAGCACACGGCGGCAAGAAAUGCGCAGGAAAAGCUGAUGAAACUAAAGAAUGCAGUAACAGAAUUUGUCCAGGUUGGUUUCUGAACCAUCAAUGAACUGAUCGAUUACGGUACAUUGUUAACUCUAUCUCCUCACGGAAUAACCUUUGUCCCAUCAUUAAAAAAAUCAAGGAGAUUUCGACUGAAAUCUAUUCUUCCUCCGACGAUCUCUUUGAACAACAUCAACACUGAAUUAAAAUUUGUAAAGGGGAGCGAUUAUUGUAGUAUUCGUUAAAAUAAAUCUUAAAUUUGAGACUUAAUAAUAAAUGAUUUGUUGCUAUUAGGUUUAUUAAUUAAAAUUAUGUUGUAAUUUACUUGCAGUUGAUGGUCAGUGGAGUGACUGGAGAGACUGGGAGCCAUGUUCAACAACCUGUGGGGCUGGAAACCAGCAACGCACACGUUCGUGUACCAAACCACGCCCAGCUUUUGGCGGGAAAGAAUGUGUCGGCCCCAAUCGUGAAUCGAGAUCAUGCCAAGGAAUUCCCUGUCCAGGUAACAAAUUUAGUUAAACUCUGUCUAAGACUUUUUCCAUUAUUAUAUGACGGCUCACAUAGGAAAGUUGAUAAACAUUCUAAACGAUCGCAGACCCAAUCUACAUCUAAAAUUGUAUUCACUGACUCUUGCAGUGGAUGGCGAGUGGAGCGAAUGGAGGGACUGGGAACCAUGUUCAAGAACGUGUGGAACUGGGACACAACAACGUCUACGGUCAUGUACCAGGCCACGCCCAGCUUUUGGCGGUAGAGACUGCGUUGGUAACAGUAGAGAAACUAAAACUUGCGAAACGAGAGCUUGUCCAGGUAAAUGCAUGCUUUAGAUAGGUAGAGUGGCGCAGUUUACACCAAUAUGGCCCGUGCUCGUAUCCCGUUGUCGACACCACAUUUUGGUCAAGUUUCUUUUUGGCUCUUUCCAUUGCUCUCCGUCCAUCACCCACCCACCUCCCUAUAAAAAAUCCAAUUUACAAUUUACGAGAAACAUUUCAAUGGUUGAAAGUUAAAUCAUGCAAAUCCUGCCAUAUUUCACUCCACAGAUUUCUCAAUUUGGCAUUUAUUGUUGAGAGAUUCCACUCGUUAAAUAAUUAUCUAAGAUCUCGACUUCAGUCAGUUCAAACAACGAGACAUCCUAAGGUUUGUGUUGACAGCAUUCCAUUUGUUUUUUAUCUACAGUGGAUGGUGACUGGAGCAACUGGAAUAAAUGGACAGCAUGCAGUAAGACCUGUGGGGAGGGGACACAGAUCAGGAUUCGCACAUGUGAUGAUCCCAAACCAUUGCAUGGGGGAAAGCAGUGUGAAGGUGCGGCACAAGAAGCCCGUGUUUGUAAUACAAGAAAAUGCCCAGGUAUGUUUUUUUAAAAAUGCUCUAAUGGUCUUAGCUUUUACAUUAGACUGACAACAACAACAACUUUUAUUGACCCCUUGUACUAAAAAAAAAUAAAUUUACAUGAAAUGUGGGGAGGAAAAUGCCCAGGUAUGUUUUUUUAAAAUGUUCUGGUCAGGUAUGUUUUUUUUUAAAUGUUCUAAAGGUAUGUUUUUUUGAAAAAAAAAAAAAAAAAAAUUUACAAGCUCUAAAACCAACAAUAAUUUUGGUCUUAACCUUCACGUUCCUUUAAACAGCUUGUUUGCAGAAGACUGACAACAAAACAACAAAUAGCCCCGUUUAUUUGUCACCCAAGCGUUUUGCCGUCCUCCUCUUCCUGCCAUCCUGUUGUGUCAACUCACUAAUAUAGUAAACAAGAGAGGAGUCGUCACUUUCCUUUAAACAGAUAGUUUUGUAAAAGACCAGAAAGCAUUGUCACGUUUUCCAUUACACGCACAAGCGUUUUGUCGUUCUCUUAUUCCUGCCGCCCUGUUGUUAAUUCGUCAAACUGGAUCUGUUUUUGGUGGAAACCUUACUUAUAUUAUCAGUUAAUGGUCAGUGGAGUGGGUGGAAACCUUGGAGUGGGUGCACGCGAUCUUGUGGCAGUGGAAUACAAACUCGUGCUCGUACGUGUACUAAUCCGAGCCCCGCCCAUGGAGGACAAGAUUGUGUUGGUCUAGGAGACGAGACAAGACCUUGUAACAAUAAGCCUUGCCCAGGUAAAUUAUAAGAUUUCAGCAUCGGCAUUGUCUUGGCCAUCAAAUGGUAUUGCCUCAGAUACAUCAGACAGUUACUUAAUUCUCGAGUUUACAAUACUAGAAAUUGCUCGGGUUUGUGUUUAAAGAUUUGCUAAUGGUUUUAGUUAGCAAGAAGACUCAGAAUUAGUGCUAUUCAGAAAUUUAAGCUAAAGAGAUACAAGAUCUUUAUAAAGGUCACCACAAACACAAAUAGUUCUCUGAGACAUGAAGUAAUUCUAACGUAUAUAAAUUCCGUUUUUCGACAUGAGUGCUCUCAAUUCAUGGCGUUUUAUCAUCAUUCCCUUCACUGCCAAACUCUCAGAUCUUUAUUCUGGCUGAAAAAUUGCUUACUUACGUUCCCCAUUUCUUAUUUUACCAGUUGAUGGUCAGUGGACUGCCUGGAAACCUUGGACUGAAUGCACGCGAUCUUGUGACAGUGGAAUUCAAACACGUGCUCGCACGUGCACUAACCCGAGCCCCGCCCAUGGAGGAAAAGAUUGCGUCGGUCUAAGUGACGAGAUAAGACCUUGUAACAAAAAUCCUUGCCCAGGUGAAUUACAAUUAGCAUGAGUAGUGUCUUUGACAUCAAAUCACAGUGUCUUAGAUAUAUCAGAUGGUUAUUCAAUUGCGUUUUGUGAUGUGUACUAGUUGAACUUCCACGAAAACCUUAAAGCUGUAAGUCUAUCUAUUGUAGUCUACACCUUAAGCUGCUUGUUCACAAAACAAAAGUGAAAUUGUAAAAUUAGCUCGGAAAUGUAAUAGUCUUUGUCACGAGAAAUCUAUUUUAUAUGAUGUAAAAUUUCAAGUAUAAAACUUGGAAAUUAAUUUUUCCCUCUCUCUCUAUUUUGAUAAGUUGAUGGAAACUGGUCCGAAUGGAAAGGCUGGGGAGAAUGUUCGCUGUCGUGUGGCGGUGGAUAUCAUUCCCGUUCAAGGUCUUGCACCAACCCUUCUCCAAGGCAUGGCGGGAAGGAUUGCUCUGGAGAAAACAAUCAGACUCGUCCUUGUAACACACAAUCUUGCCCAGGUAUAAAAAUAUGCGUACCUACUUGCCUACUUCGCUGAUUUUAGUUUGAGGGUCAAAUAAAUAGUAUCAGGAGAUGAUAGUAUCUCUAGUAGAUAGAUAGUAUCUUUUUGUAAUAUUUCUAGAGCCCUUGAUUUUGAAGUUGGUCUGAACCUGAGCCUGUUUUAACCGUCAUCCUCUUCACUGAUUUACCUUUACUUAGCUCGUCUUCGCCUUUCUAUUUUGCAUGAGUUUUCUUUUAUUUAGAACAAAUCAGAAAACGAAUACACAUGAUAGCACAUACAACAAGCAAGAUGAGAGGAAAAAAUCAUUCACAACUUUUGGAGAAGCUUAAUUUUUUUUUAAUCAUAUGAGCCGUUCAGCCCCACGCGCAAUUUCGUUGGAAAACCAUAUGAAAAAAAGUCCUGUGUGAAGGCCGUACGCGUCAAGUGAUAGGGCCGGAAAUACGAGUACGGCUCUGCUAGAAAAGAGUACUAAUCGACGCGGGCCGCUCAGUCAGAAGAAUUCAAAAACACAAUAAAAAAUGCUUAUUGACUGAGUUAGGUUAGGCCGGACCGCAGGAGACUUGGCUCACGGUGAGGAAACAUGGAGCCAAAUCUUUUCCCUUCCGGCCUUCCCAGUAAUUAAAUAAGACAUAGCAUUGAAGCUGAACGGAAUUCUUUCUUUCCAACAGUUGAUGGACAAUGGAGCAACUGGAUCAAGUGGACGACCUGCUCAAAAACAUGCGGCAAAGGAGAACAAGUGA